GAGGAACGCGCUUAACGAUUCGCUUGUUUACUUUUCGUUGGUGCCUUCUACCGAGGCAAAAAAAAAAACAACGAACAAAUUCGCAUGGAAGGAAAAAAAGACAAAAGAAGAAAAAAAAGAUAAAAGGGAAAAGAAAAAAAGAGAGGAAAAAAGGAAAAUAAAAUAGAAAUCUUCCCUUAUUCCACGUUAAACGCGAUUUCAGGUGUAUCCUUGCAAUAUGACACGAGCAAUCGAGAACGAUCCGUCGAUGAAGAAUUAUUGGAAUGUUCACCGAGGUACGUAGCAUUGAAGGAUCUCUUUCUACCUCAAGAAGAAAUCAAGCUCAGCCUAACUAAUCAUCGACACGCAUCGAUUUACGAAUUUGCACUGGCACCUAGUUACAGCUGCGAGGACGGCAGUUAUCUUGAAAAUCGUGCCGGUGAAUACGAGUACGAGGAGAGGACAGGAGAACCGUACGCUAAGCCAAAACGUCUUGACUUUUCUGAUAUCGAGAGAAACGGGAUGUAUUGCGACCUCAAUCAGGACGACGAGAAUGAGGAUGAUUUGCAUACGCAGUUAUUUCGCAGGAUCGAGUCAAACGUCCAAGGGGAAAUAGUGAUGCAAACGACGCCAACGAUACCAACAUUCACCGGCAGACCAGGCGAUCCGUCGCCUCCGGUUUUCGAGCAGAUCUUUAAAAAUGCAAGAUUCGCCCAAGGUGGAAAUGCCAUUUUCGAAGGAUGCGUACGUGGAAAUCCAAAACCGAACGUUUCUUGGACACACAAGGGUGCUCCUUUAUUGGAAUCACGAAAAAUUCGGAUGUCUUACGACGAUAAGACCGGUAUGGUUACGUUACAAAUCAAUCAGAUAGGUCCAGGAGAUGAGGGUGAAUAUACAUGUAGUGCCAAAAAUCAAUACGGAGAAGCGAUCUGCUCGGUGUAUAUUCAACCGGAAGGAUUCGGACCUCCGCCUCAACAACAAUUAGGUAGUUAUAAAAAGGAAUUUGCUCAAACCUUCCAAACGACCGAACAAAAAACUGGUAGCCAGACUUAUCAGCAACGUAGUUAUCAGCAAAUGUACGACAAGCGAAGUUAUGUCAAUGGAACGUCUAGCAUUGAGGACUUUAAGGUGGAUACUUUCGAAUAUAGAUUGUUGCGCGAGACGGAAUUCCGAGAAUCGAUUACGCGUCGUUUUGUAGGCGAAUCAGACUCGCAGAUUUCUACGGUAAUUGAUCGCAGUCUGGGUCCGGUCGCACCAGCGCAAAUCGUUCAAAAACCAAGAAAUUCGAAGCUCAUUGAAGGAUCUAAUGCCGUUUUUACUGCUAAAAUAACCGGAAAUCCAAAACCAAGGUUGACUUGGUUCAAAAAUGGCCAGAGGAUCCGCGACUCACAACGCGUGGAAAUGAGUUAUUCGAAUCAGCAAGCGACUUUGAAAAUCAGGGUCGCACUACCGGAAGAUAGUGGCCACUAUACUUUAUUAUCUGAAAAUCAACAAGGUUGCACAGUAAGCUCGGCAUAUCUAGCUGUUGAAUCUAGUGAUCAAGUCGAUCAAGCGGUUCAUCAGAUGCAACAAAGAGAGAUUGCGAAAAGCCAACAAAUAGAUUCUUCGUCAUCAGAAUCCGAAACUGGUAAAGUACUUCCGCCUAAUUUCGUUCGUACUUGCGCUGACCGAGAAGCUACCGAAGGAAAGAUGACAAGGUUUGAUUGUCGUGUAACGGGUCGACCAUAUCCAGAAGUAACAUGGUACAUCAAUGGACAACAAGUAGCCAACGAUUUAACUCAUAAAAUUCUUGUUAACGAAUCGGGCAAUAAUUCGCUGAUGAUCACCAACGUGAGUCGGUCUGACGCCGGUGUCGUUACUUGCAUUGCUAGAAACAAAGCUGGUGAAACGUCUUUUCAAUGUAAUCUCAACGUCAUCGAGAAGGAACAAGUUGUUGCACCAAAAUUUGUCGAACGUUUUACGGCUACUAAUGUUAAAGAGGGUGAACCUGUAGUAUUUACGGCACGUGCGGUUGGUACUCCUGUUCCACGAAUCACCUGGCAGAAGGAUGGUGUACCAAUUGCACCGGGUCCAGACGUGCGCAUAUCGAUGGAUGGCAGUGGAGCAUCGACUUUGGAUAUACCUUGCGCUAAAUUCUCUGAUGCCGCAUGGUAUCAAUGUACCGCACAAAAUGUGGCUGGCUCCACUGCAACCCGAGCACGGCUUUUCGUUGAAACACCGAAGGGAGCCGCACCAGAACCAAGACGCUUGAAUUUACCCCGACCGACAAAAAUCAUCGAACCAGAACCAACACCUGGCCCCGAAGUGAUCUACCUAAGACACGUAGAACGAGCCAAACCAUAUUUGCCUCCUCCUGAAGAAGAUAAAAUUUAUCCACCACCACGUUUUAUUAUACCAUUAAGAGAUGUGCAUCAAAUUGAAGGUGGACGUAUUCACUUCGAGGCCAGAAUCGAACCGGUGGGCGACCCCACUAUGAGGGUUGAGUGGUAUGUUAACGGAAGAGCUCUCGACGCAAGCUCACGCGCUACAUCCAUCUUUCGAUUCGGCUUUAUUUCUCUCGAUCUUAUCAGUAUAGUUCUUCAAGAUAGCGGUGAAUAUCUAUGUCGCGUCGUUAGCUCUACCGGAGUUGCUGAAUCUCGUGCCACUCUUAGCGUGACACCACGCGCUACGAUCGAGCAAGCCAGCCAACACCCCGACAGUCUUCAAUAUAUCCAACAGCUCGAAGAUUAUAGCAAAUAUCAAAGGCAGGAGAGCGUGGAGGAGAUAUCAUCUUCACAACGACCGGUCUUCAUCCGACCACUCCAGGAUCUUGGUGAGCUACAGGAAGGUCGUAACGCUCAUUUUGAGGCGCAGUUGACACCUGUUAGCGAUCCUACCAUGAAAGUGGAGUGGUACAAGGAUGGUAGACCAAUCACAGCUAGUUCAAGAAUCACAACCAUCUUCAACUUCGGAUACGUCUCACUUAACAUAUUGCACCUACGGGCUGAAGAUGCAGGUUCUUAUACAGUUAAAGCUGUGAAUCGUUUGGGAGAGGCUAUCAGCUCCGCGACUCUCCGUGUCUUUGCAAGAACAAGUGUUACGACAGAUUUAGGUAUUCCUGAGCAACAGAGAUAUAUUGAAGCUGCCGAGGAGUUGGAAGCUUACCAACAGGCUAUUCACCAAAAAUAUGUGCAAGAACAGCCUGAACCGACUAGCCCACCGGAAUUUAAAUCGCCUAUUAAGGAUCAAAAUGGAAUACGAGAAGGCGGCUUUGCUCAUUUCGAAGCCCGUUUAGAGCCAGUUGGUGACGCUGAUUUACGCGUUGAAUGGCUCAAAGAUGGACGCCCUGUAGAAGCCAGUUCACGAAUUACAACAUUCUUUAAUUUCGGCUACGUUGCACUUACCAUUAAAUACGUCACGAUUCACGACGUUGGCGUUUAUACAUGCCGUGCUUAUAACAGAGUUGGCGAGGCCCAUACCACCGCUCAAUUAAGUGUUAUUAGCAAGAACGAUGUCAUCUAUGACAGUCAACAUCCUACCGGCUUACAGAGAAUUCAAACGCUUGAGGAUUCGAGCAAAUAUAUGCGUCAAGUGCAAGAGGAAGUACAGGUGAAGCAAGCACCACGUUUCUUAGGUACUUUGAAAGGGACCAAUAAGAUCGUCGAAGGUCAGCGCGCGCACUUUGAAGCCCGAGUCGAACCUCAAAGUGAUCUGACUAUGAAAAUCGAAUGGUAUCAUAAUGGCAAAUCCAUUACUGCUGCUAAUAGAAUUCAAACCUAUCACGAUUUUGGAUACGUAGCGAUCGAUAUUCUUCAAGUUCGACCUGAAGAUGCUGGUACAUAUACCGUGGUUGCGAGAAACGCUCUUGGCGAAGCUCAACUUUCAGCGACUAUGAUCGUCGAGACACGGUCAAGCGUAGAUACCAGCAGUAUGCAUCGCGGUACCUUUGAAAAAACUCAACGUCUCGAAGAAUCUAAAUUCGUCGAGCCACAAUAUCACAUCGAAGAAAUAUCUAAAUCUAAACCUAUUUUCGUACAACCAUUGAGCGAUCCAAAGCCAGUUAGCGAAGGGAAAAAUAUUCAUUUGGAGUGCCGCCUAGAACCAAUGGGAGAUCCAACUAUGAGAGUCGAAUGGUUCCAAAAUGGACGACCUGUAACAGUUGGUUCAAGAUUCAGAACAUAUUACGACUUUGGAUUCGUCGCCCUGGAUAUUGUACAUUCAACGAUUUAUGAUUCAGGAGAAUAUACUGUUAGGGCUACCAAUCAUCUUGGUACUGCACAUACUUCUGCUUGUGUCAGAGUCAUCGGUAGAUCCGAUGUUGUAACAGAAACGCAAAACGAACAGUCGCUUGAGCAAAUUCAAAUGCUGGAGGAUUCUUCAAAAUAUCGUAAGACUCAGCAAGAAGAAGUUACAGUAAUGCAGGCACCUCAAUUUACUCGAGCACUUCAUAACAUCGAAACUGUAGAAUUAACGAAUGUCCAUCUCGAGUGUCGCCUUCAACCAGUCGGUGAUGCAACCAUGAGAGUAGAAUGGUUUGUUAAUGGAAGACCAGUCAAAACUGGACACCGAUUUAGGCCAUCUUAUGAAUUCGAUUAUGUGGCUUUGGAUAUACUUGGUGUUUAUCCCGAAGACUCUGGGGUUUAUACUUGCCAAGCAACUAAUCAAUUAGGCGAAGCUGUCACUUCGUGUUCGGUACGAGUACAUGCGAAGAAGGAUCUCUUACUGGAGUCUCAACAUCCAGAAGGCUUAGAAAGAAUACAGUACUUGGAAGAUGCUUCAAGAUACAAAAGACACGAGUUGGUUGACGAAGUUGUAACCGUAAAGCCCAAAUUCAUUACUAGUCCAAAGAAUCAAGAAAAUCUUAGGGAAGGACAACACGCUCAUUUCGAAUGUAAGCUUGAACCUGUAACGGACUCUAACUUGAAAGUUGAAUGGUAUAAGAACGGUCGUCCAGUUACAAUAGGACACCGAUUCCGUCCAAUUCACGAUUUUGGUUACGUUGCAUUGGAUGUAAUCGAUUUAAUUGCCGAAGAUUCUGGAACGUAUACUUGCCGAGCCGUCAAUCUCGUUGGUAGCGACGAAGUUUCUUGCACAUUAUCUUGCCGCUCCACGGCACAAAUUCUAACAGAUACACGAAACGAAAGUGGCCUCGAGCAGAUUCAUUAUCUUGAAGAUCGUUCCAAAUAUCAUCGGCAGGAAGUGAUCGAGGAAACAACAACGCAGGCACCAAUCUUUACCACUUCCUUAAACAAUGUGGAAAUCAAAGAGGGACAAAGAGCUCAUUUCGAGUGCAGACUCAUUCCUGUGUCGGAUACAACGAUGAAAGUUGAAUGGUUCCAUAAUAAUACGCCUGUCAAGGCUGGUUCAAGAUUCGUAGAAACCAACAGUUUUGGUUUCGUUGCACUCGAUAUCAUGUAUGCAUAUCCAGAUGAUUCUGGUACAUACACUUGCCGUGCCAAGAACAUCAUCGGAGAGGCUAUUACUUCAGCAACUGCUGUAGUACAUUCGAAAAAAUCAAUUUACAUGGAGUCACAUAACGAAGAAGCUUUAGAGAGACUUCGUUACCUCGAAGAUACCUCUCGUUAUCAACGUAAAACUGUACAAGAAGAAACGGUUACGCAAGCACCAGUUUUCACAAUGCCGAUCAAAGAUUUGCGUGUGGCUGAGAAUCAAGCGGCUCAUUUUGAAGCACGUGUUAUUCCAGUUGGUGAUUCCAAGCUCAAAGUAGAAUGGCUUCGUAAUGGUGUACCUAUUGCUGCUUCAAAUCGCGUAACGACAAUGCAUGAUUUUGGAUAUGUCGCUUUGAACAUGAAGUAUGUCAAUCCUGAAGAUUCAGGUACUUACACUUGCCGUGCAACAAACGAUCUAGGAGAAGCCGUAACUUCAGCGACACUUUUCGUUCAAUCAAAAGCAGCCCUGCAAUUCGAGUCGCAACACGAAAGUGCCUUAUCCAAACUCCAAGCCCUGGAAGAUACCAGCAAAUAUCAACGUCGCGAGGAAGAAGAGAUAGUGGUGAAAGAGAAGCCUUCAUUUACGGUUCAAUUGAAUGGGCCUUCGAAGUUAGUCGAAGGACAAAGUGCACAUUAUGAAUGCCGCAUAGAACCCUAUCCUGAUCCGAACAUGAAGGUGGAGUGGUUCCACAAUGGUAAACCACUAUCCACCGGUCACAGGUAUAGAACAGCUUGUGACUUUGGCUUCGCAUCUUUGGACGUUCUGACAGUUUAUGCUGAGGAUUCGGGCACAUACACCUGCCAGGCCACCAAUAAACUGGGAACGGCCAAGAGCUCGAUAAAUCUUGAUGUAAAAUCACGCUCCUCUAUAAUCCGCGAAACCCAACACGAAAGUGCUCUUAAGAAGAUACAAUAUCUCGAAGAUGAUUCUCGUUACAAACGUACCGAGGAAGAAGAUUUCAUAAUCGCUGAGAAGCCUAAAUUUGGAAGACCAUUGAAGAAUAUUGAACACUUACCUGAAGGGAAGAACGCUCAUCUCGAAGCAACAUUGACGCCAGUUAAUGAUCCCACGAUGAUCGUUGAAUGGUUCAGAGAUGGAAGGCCCGUACCUCAAGGACACAAAUUUAAGACCACUUACGACUUUGGAUACGUCGCUCUGGAUAUUCUUUACGCUUAUCCUGAAGAUUCUGGCACGUAUAUGUGUAAAGCCAGAAAUGCUGUUGGUGAAGCUGUCACCACGUGCGUCAUCAGCGUAGACUCUAAGCAAGGUCUCUUCCUGGAUACCCUAGAUGCUCAACGUUUACAAAAGAUACGAGAAUUGGAAACCGUUGAAAUUAAAGAAGAAGUCGAAAAGGAAGUGGUUCAUCAAAAACCCGUAUUUUUAACGCCAUUAAACAACCUGGAUCAUUUGAAGGAAGGUGAACACGCUCAUUUGGAAUGUCGCGUCGAACCGAUCAACGAUCCGAAUUUGAAGAUCGAAUGGUUCGUAAACGGAGUUGCCGUAAGGACUGGUCAUCGCUUCCGUACCACACACGAUUUUGGUUAUGUCGCUCUCGAUAUUUUGUAUACUUAUCCAGAAGAUUCAGGAACUUAUAUGUGCAAAGCAACGAAUUUGGCUGGAGAAGCAGUGAAUACGUGCACGAUUAAAGUUGGCUCUCGUCGCAGUAUACUUUUGGACACACAACAUCCGGAUGGUCUCGAGAAGAUUCGUGAACUUGAAGCUCAAGGUCAUCCUGCUCGAUUAGAAGUAGAGGAACCUCCAUUAACACCACCGAGAUUUGUUUCUGAGCUCAGGGGCACUACUGAAGUUUACGAAGGUCAGACAGCUCACUUUGAAUGCCAAGUGGAACCACUUCACGAUGCCAAUCUUCGAAUCGAAUUCUUCCACAAUGGCAAGCCAUUACCAUCGGCAUCUCGUUUCCACAUGACCUUUGAUUUUGGAUAUGUGGCAUUGGACAUCAGUCACACAGUACCCGAAGAUGCAGGACAAUAUUCUGUGAAAGCUAUAAAUGCCCUUGGACAAUGCGUAUCUUCCAUCGAACUUAAGGUGAUACCGCGUGACAAUAUCAUUUUGGAUUCUCAACGACCAGAAGGAAUGGACAAGAUUCGCGAACUCGAAGCUCAACAACCAUGGAAAAGGCCAGACAUACCAGAACCACAAACGAGACAACGACCCGUUUUCACGCAGCCCUUGCAAAAUAUCGAUGCUAUACCCGAAGGCCAUACAGCUCACUUCGAAUGUAGACUCAUACCUGUUGGCGAUCCUACUCUAAAAGUGGAAUGGUUCAGAAAUGAAGUACCUUUGGAAACAAGCUCCCGUAUAACGAAGGUUCAUGAUUUUGGAUACGUGGCUUUGGAUAUUACGCAUGUUCGCGAUGAAGACGAAGGUGUCUACAUGUGCCGUGCUUCCAAUCCGCUUGGAGAAGCAGUUACUACAGCAUCGAUGAAAAUUAAGACUAAAGCCAGUAUUCAAUUGGAUACCCAACAUCCUGAAGCACAGCGUAGAAUUGCUCAAUUAGAAGCCGAUAAAGGACCUAGCCGAGCGGAGGAACCAGAUAAGGUUUUCGACAAACCUAUCUUUACUCAGUUAUUAACUGGACCUACGGAACUCUGGGAGGGUCAGCUUGCCAGAUACGAAUGUAGAGUCGUUCCCGUGGGUGAUGCUAGUUUGAGAUUUGAAUGGUAUAUGAACGGGAUCGAGUUGAAAAUGGGAUCUCGCUUCCAUGUCAAUCAUGAUUUUGGUUAUGUAACAUUGGACAUAUUGAAAGUCAUACCAGAAGAUUCUGGAGUGUACACUUGUAAAGCUAUUAAUAAAAGCGGAGAAGCCGUUUCAUCGAUUUCUCUCAAAGUUAAAGCACGGUCUGCGAUCGAUGCUCAAAGUAUACAACCGGAUGCAUGGCAAAAGAUUCAACUGAAGGAAGCGGAAAUGAAUAAAGUACCAGAGAUGUUCGUUGAUACAACACCUCAACAAGCACCGGUAUUCACGAAACAUCUGGAAAGUUAUGAUAAGUUGGUCGAAGGACAACAUGUUUAUCUUGAAGCUCAAGUAGAGCCAAGAGCUGAUCCUAAUUUGCGAGUAGAAUGGUUCAAAAAUGGUAUAUCCCUACAAACUGGUACAAGGUUACGUAGUACCUUUGAUUUUGGCUUAGUCACACUGUCCAUCAACGGUCUAAGACCAGACGAUUCAGCCAUUUACACCUGCAAAGCUACAAAUCUACUUGGAGAAGCAGUGUCUACGUGUAGCUUGAAAAUUGUGGAUCGCCACUGGCUUCUUGGUGAUACUCUUCAUCCGGACGCAUUACCCAAAAUUGAUGCUCUUGAACAACCACAAAUCGGUACUACCGAGCAACCAGAACCCGUGUACGAAGAGCCAGUUUUCAUAACUCACUUGAACAAUGUAGAAUGUGUUGAAGGUGAUAACGUUCACUUCGAGUGUAACGUGGAACCAUCAAAGGAUCCAACUAUGAAAAUUGAAUGGUUCAUGAAUGGGAAGCCACUACCAACCGGUGCACGAUUCAAGUCGACUUACGAUUUUGGAUAUGUUGCACUCGAUAUUACGCAUAGCUACGAAGAGGAUUCAGGCAUCGUGACGGUUAAGGCAACGAAUUCCAAGGGAACAGCACAGACAUCAGGUACCCUGAAAUGCAUCAGCAAACAAAGUAUUUACCUGCAGACUCAACAUCCGCAAGGUGAAGCUGGAUUGGAAAAAGUUAAAGAAGCCGAGGACGCUUAUCUAUCGAAAUAUAGAAGACCGGAUGAUAAACCGGAACAUGAAUAUCCGAAACCAAUUUGGACCGUACCUCUUCAACCGGAAUUCAAGUUAGGAGAAUCUGAACCUCUUCAUUUGGAAGGACAGGUCGAACCUAAGGAUGAUCCUGAUUUGAAAAUCGAAUGGUAUUUCAAUGGUAAAGCUUUGGAGCAUGGAGCUCGUUUUAAAAUGACCAGCGACUUUGGAUUUGUUACCUUGGAUCUUACGGAUGUUUACGAUAGAGAUUCUGGUAUUUACACUUGUAAAGCAUAUAACAAAGCUGGAGAAGCGUUUACAUCUACGACCGUAUAUUGUUCGACUAAAGAAAGUAUUAUCGAAAAAUCUCAACAUCCAAAGGGCAAGGAAGGUCUGGAAGCUAUUCAAGACCUCGAGGAAUCUCUGAAACGGCAGGAUGGUGCUUUGCCUGAAAGCGAAGAGGGACAUCCUCCCGUUUUCACCUCACAAUUCGAGAACCUGACCAAUCUAUCGGAAGGUGAGAUAGCUCAUUUCGAGGCAUCGCUUACACCAACCGGCGAUCAGACUAUGGUGGUUGAAUGGUUCUAUAAUGGAAAAUCAUUAGAAGCUAGUCAUCGUACUAGAACCGUUUACGCCUUUGGUAUGGUCGUAUUGGAAGUCCUUGGUACUAAAAUUGAAGAUUCGGGCACCUAUUCUUGUAGAGCAACGAACAAAUGGGGUAAAGCAGAGAUAAGCGUUCAACUCGAAUGCGUAGACAAGUCGAAGGGACAAAAACCAAAAUUCACCACUCAUAUACAGUCCUUGGAAGGUCUUAAAGAUGGACAAUCGGUACAUUUCGAGUGUACUCUUAUUCCUGUGGGCGAUCCACAUAUGAAGGUCGAAUGGUUCCACAAUGGACAGCCCCUUAGACACUCUUCUCGUUUCAAAAUGGUUUCCGAUUUUGGAUUCGUCGUUAUGGACAUCGCUGGGGUUAUGUCGCAUGACACCGGAGAAUACGUGUGCAAAGCUAGCAACAAAUAUGGCGAAGAUUAUACGAAAGCGACCAUUAAAUGUUUCGGAAAAAGUGGAGUAUACCUAGAUUCUCUUCAACCUGAUUCUCUCGCUAGAAUUCGCGAGCUUGAAAGCUACGGCGGUGAACAACCGACUACUCCAACUACUCCUGUUGCCGAACCACCCAAGUUCAUCACGCAAAUUGCAGACAUAACAAAACUCGUGGAAGGACAAUCUGCUCAUUUCGAAGCCAGACUGACUCCUGUUAAUGAUCCAGACUUGAAAGUUGAAUGGUAUUACAAUGGUAAAAAGCUACCUCACGGUCAUCGUUAUAGAACUUUCCAUGACUUCGGUAUCGUCAUUCUCGACAUACUUUAUUGUUACGAAGAAAAUUCCGGUGUAUACGAAUGCAGAGCCUUCAACAAGUACGGCGAAGAUACGACUAAAGCGACAUUGAAAUGUUUUUCAAAAUCCAGCCUUAUUCUGGAAUCCCAAUUACCAAAAGGAAUGGAAGGUGGUUUAGAGAAAAUCCAAACCCUCGAGGACUCUAUGAUUCGUACUAGAGACGAGAAAACAGUUGAAGAACGUGGAAAAGCUCCAGUUUUUACUGUACCUUUAAGCAACAUCGAUGGUCUUCGGGAAGGAGAAAGUGCUCACUUUGAAGCCAGACUUACACCUACGGAUGAUCCAAGAUUAAAGGUCGAAUGGUUCUGGAACGGUAAACCGCUUCGAACAGGUUCACGCUUUCGAACAUUCUGUGAUUUCGGUUUCGUUAUUUUGGAGAUCUCACCAAUUUACCCUGAAGAUUCCGGAGAAUAUAGUUGUCGAGCAAUUAACGAUUACGGUGAAGCAGUAACCACUUGUACUAUGAAGUGCACGGGAAAACGCAGUAUAAUUCUUGAAUCACAAUUGCCAAAAGGCAUGGAGAGUACAAUAGAUAAGAUAGCUGAACUCGAAGGUCUUGGAAACGAACCUGGGCAACCAAGUCCCGAUGAUGAUACAGGAAAACCACCAGAAUUCAUCACUACUCCAUCGGAUUUAACGCUUGCAGAGAAUUCCUUAGCUCAUUUCGAAUGCAGACUCGUACCUAUCAACGAUUCUAGCAUGAGAGUUGAAUGGUUCCAUAAUGGAAAGCCUCUUCUAGCUGGUACCAGAGUAAAAACCAUUCAUGAUUUUGGUUUUGUCAUUUUGGAAGUGGCCAAUUGCUAUCAACGAGAUUCUGGCCUUUACACGUGUAAGGCAACCAAUCGUCACGGAGAAGCUACGGUGUCCUGUAAGUUGCAAGUUCGUGGUCGUCAAGGUAUUAUUUUAGAACCACAAUUGCCUAGCAAUUUCAAGACCGGUACCGAAAGUAUUCAAAAACUAGAAGAAUCCCUCUACAAGAAAGAUGAAAUCCUUGCGGAAGAGGAAACUCCUAAUCCACCGAGAUUCAUAGUUGAAUUAAAAGAUAUCGAGGUCGAGGAAUCUGGCCCAAGUCACUUCGAUUGUAGAGUCGAACCGGUCGGUGAUCCGACGAUGCGCGUUGAAUGGUACCACAAUGGUCGACCUUUCGCAACUGGUUCUCGCGUACAUCAAAUUAAUGACUUUGGAUUUAUUUCACUGGACAUGUCUUAUACGUAUGCGAGAGACAGCGGCGAAUACGUGUGCAGAGCUACGAAUAAAUGGGGUACUGCGACUACAAAAGCAACCAUAACGUGUAAAUCUAAAAAGACAAUAGAUUUCGAUUCACAACUACCAUCAGGUAUGAGCGGUGAAAAAUUAAAGGAGUUAGAACGUGGACCUAUCAGCGAACCACCUGUCGAAGAAGCACCACGGGAACCUCCUCGUUUUAUUACUCAAAUUCAGUCGGCUACAGUCGACGAAUCAGAACCAGUUAGGUUCGAGUGCCGAGUGGAACCAAAAGAUGACCCUAAUUUACGCAUCGAAUGGUAUAGGAAUGGAAAAAUUAUUCCUGCAGGGCAUAGAUAUAGAACUGUAUAUGAUAUGGGCUUCGUAUCCAUGGACAUUUUAUAUGUAUAUCCUGAAGAUUCUGGUGAAUACGUAUGUAAGGCCAUCAAUGAUCUUGGAGAAGAUACCACUAAGGCAUCUGUAUCUUGCAAAAAACUUCCAAGUAUCAUCCUCCAGAACCAGGUACCAAAAGGCAUGAAGAAAUCGGAAGCUUUGAUGCAAAUGGAAGCGACUAUUAAAAAAUAUACAUCCGAAGUUCAUCUGACCGAAGAUGAUCUCUAUGAUGCCGAUAAGAAACAACCACCGCGUUUCGUUACACAAAUUCAGGAUCAAACGGAACUUGUCGAAAUGAACAGCACUAAAUUCGAAUGUCAAUUGGCACCAGUAGGUGAUCCAAAUAUGAAGGUUGAAUGGUUCUUCAAUGGCAAACCACUUCCACAAAAGAACAGAUUUACACCGAUAUACGACUUCGGUUACGUUGCUAUGAACUUUGGUUGGGUGUAUCCGGAAGAUAGCGGAGAGUAUCUCUGCAGAGCGACUAACUUGUAUGGAAUGGAUGAAACUAGAGCGAUAAUUCGAACCGCAGGAAAACCUGGUAUCAUUUACGAGUCUCAAUUACCAAAGGGCAUGAAGAGUAUUGAAAAAAUACGAGAAAUGGAAGCCGCAUGGCAGAUUGUUCCCGAAGAGGAGGGCGAAGAAGAAAAAGUACGUGCACCACCAGUGUUUGUGAGCAAACCAGAACCAGUUACCGUUGAAGAAGGCGAUUGGUCCAGAUUUUGCUGUCGCGUUACAGGCCACCCAAGACCACGAGUUAUGUGGAUACUCAAUGGACACACUGUCGUUAAUGGAUCGCGUUACAAAUUAACCUACGACGGCAUGUAUCAUCUUGAUAUACCAAAGACUAGACAGUACGAUCAUGGAAAGGUCGAAGUAAUCGCAAGAAGUUCCGUUGGGGAAUCACGUACAGAAACUUUCUUAACGGUUAAGCAGCGAAGCGACGACUAUCGUGGGGUAUUGAAGAAUUCACCUAGACCUUGGUACGAUUAUGGGCUAACCCAAUACCAGUCGGAGAGACAGAACACAGAACUCGAGCGUGUGUUCGAGGAACGUCACCAAACCGUUUCUCAAGGCAUUGAGAUUGCGACCGAACAUCUUGGGCAAAAGGUCUUUAAAGAACCUGAAGCCGAAUGGCAGAAAUCGGUAAAGAACAAAAAGAACGAGGACUAUUAUCAAAAGUUGAUGAGCUUGGAAGAGGAGCAAGUGUUGAAGGAAUCUAGAUUGAGAGAAACUUCCCAUCAGUUCGCCAUUCCUGGUGACAAAGUGGUAUCUCAUUCCGUGGCUAAAGGAAUGGCUCAGAAAUAUCAGGAAAGUCUAGAAACGCAAGACACGAAAAUACAAGAAACAACUCAAGUGACACCACCACCACCACCACAACCUAAAUUCGCGAAAAAGCCGCAUGUAACUGAGGUAGAUAUCGACACUGAGCGUUUAAAGGGCACAGGAAGACCUCCCCCGGAACCUUCUGAAUCUUUGGUUCAUGGACGGGAGGUUCACGUGGCAAAACAAAAACAGACCCAGAAAGAGGUAAAGGGUGACUUAGAAAUAACAAGGAAAAUAACAGCUACUGAAACGACGGAAGUCGAGCACAAGGCCAAGACACAAGAACGCGUGGUCCAAGGACAAAUGAAACCGGCGAAACCGCCAGUUUUCACGAAGAAGAUUCAACCAUGCAGAGCCUUUGAACAAGAACAAGCGAGAUUCGAGGUCGAAUUCGAUGGAGAUCCAUUACCAACCAUAAAAUGGUACAGAGAAGACUUCCCGAUCCAGAACUCACCGGAUCUUCAAAUCUACACGUUCAGCACCAAGUCGGUUUUAAUUAUUCGUCAGGUCUUCAUGGAAGAUUCUGCAGUGUUUUCCGUUAUCGCUGAAAAUCGUGGAGGCAAAGCUAAAUGCAGUGCCAAUCUCGUUGUCGAGGAACGUAGAAGACAACCUGGAAGAGGUGGAGUCGUACCACCUAGUUUUCUAUCUACCAUACAAAAUACUUCGGUAACAACUGGACAAUUGGCCCGUUUUGAUGCCAAAGUCACUGGCACCAAACCUUUGGACGUUUACUGGUUGAAGAACGGCAAAAAAGUGACGGCUGAUAUCCGUUACAAAACUUUGGAAGAGGAUAACAUUUACACUCUUCUUAUUUUGGAAACUAUACCAGAUGAUUCAGGUAAAUACGAAUGCGUUGCUAUCAACAGUGCCGGCGAGGCACGUUGCGACGCCGAAUGCACGGUUCGUGGACCUCAGUCCCCAACAAAGACCGCAAAACCAACAACGCCUGGUGUAGAGAAGGCACCUUCUGUUCUGGAACCUCUUAAAGAUCAAACGAUUAAAGAAGGAACGUCCGUAGCGUUCGCUUGCAAAAUAACAGGAAAGCCUGUACCUACUGUUCAAUGGAAGAAAGGCGAUAAGGUUAUCAAGCCAUCAAAGUAUUUCCAAAUGCAAAAAGAUGGUGAUCUUUGUACUUUGAAAAUCACAGAGGCCUUUCCCGAGGACGAAGGUGUUUAUAAAUGUAUUGCCAAAAAUCCUGCCGGCGAUGUUACUACUUCAGCAAAUUUGAGAGUUCUUGCCCCAGAUGCGGCUGAUGUUUUGCCAAAAUUAUCGCCGCUGAAAGAUCAAAUAGUUUCGGAGGGACAACCAGCACAAUUUAAAACUCAGGUUACUCCAGCGAAACCAAAGCCAACGAUUCAAUGGUACAGGGAAGGUGCCCUUAUACCACAGUCGCCCGAUUUUCAGAUGAUUCACGAGGGCAACAAUGCUGUACUGUUAAUUGCAACAACUUACGAAGAGGACACUGGCACUUUCAGCUGCAGAGCUACGACCUCAGCCGGUACCGUAGAAACCUCUGCGAAACUCAUCGUCAAAAAACGGAAAGGGACUUAUUACGAGGUCCCUGCCGAAUCGGGCCCAGGUUUAAAAGCUGGGGAGAAAAUUUUUGAUGGUCUAGAAAAAGGGAAGGAUGUAAUAUUGAAACCAUUGCUUCUGGAUGAAGAGGGUUUACCUCUUCAACCCGGAGAUGAAUCAUUACCUUGGCGAAGAGGUCGAGUAAGUCAUCGACCUCGACCUACGAAUGUUACUCCCUGGAGGAGGGAAAAACCAAAAUCUAGAGAUGUAUCAUUGGACAAAUUAGAAUCGGUUGAGAGUAAAAAGAAACCUUGGACGGAAGAACAAAUCGUCUUGAAAAAGACCCCACAAACAACGCGUGACAUUCCGAAAGAAAAAUUGGAACAAGUCGAACUCAAGCCUACGAAGAUUGAUAAAAUAGAGAUAAGACGACCUAGUCAGGAAACGAUAACAUUGAAACCAGUAACCAAAGAUGUAACGUUAAUUAGAAAAGAGAUCUCUGACACUUCAUAUGCCGAUGAAGUUUCAAAAGAUGUGUACGUUGAGGAAGAAGAUGCUAAACGUUUAAAACUAUCACGCAGGGUGGAUGAAUCGGUUCUCAGGAAAGACGAAGAAAAACCUAAGCCAUGGACCGAAGAAAAAAUUACUCUUAAGAAAAGCGAACCUGUUAAAAAGCCAGUUUCGAAGGAAACGAUUGAAAUCGAAUUAAAGCCAGCUAAAACGGAAAAGACAGUUAUGAAGAAAGAUGAUAAAGUCGAAUACGUGGAACAAGAAGACACCACACUUUUAGAUGUAUCUAAGAUAUCCGAAGAGAAGAGAAUUACGAAAGAAAAAAUUGUUGCUGAAAAAGUAGAAGAAGCUAAACCUUGGACGGAAGAAAAAGUUACUUUAAAGAAAGCUAAGGUCGAAAGAAAAGCAUUAAUCAAAGAAACACCAGAAACUGUUGAACUUAAACCGACUAAACCUGUUAAAACGGAAGUGCAGAAAUCAAUACUCGAAGAAGUUGAUCUCAAGCCAGUCACUAAAACGACUACAGAAAUAACUACUAAGGAAGACAUUCGAAAGGAUGAAUAUCGUGAUGAAGAGAGUAUCAAAUUACUUCGCGUAUCUACUGACGUAAAAGAAACAAAAAAAAUAGAUAAGGAAGAAGUUGAAGGUAAACCUUGGACCGAAGAAAAAAUCACGUUGAAAAAAGCAAGACCAGAUAAAAAAGACAUUCCUAAAGAGGAAGUCGAAAAGGUCGAUUUGAAGUCUCCGAAAAAGGAAACGAUUGAUAUCAAGAAACCAAGCAUAAAAGAUAAAACAAUCGAAAAGAAAUUAACAACAGAAGAAACUGGUCCAUAUACCGAGGAAGAGGAUGCAACAAGAUUGACUGUCACUUCUGAUACGAAAAUCAGUGUUCAAACUGAAUCUAAAAUUAAAAAGACAGAUAAAAUACCUCAGGUAGCCGAAACGAAGCCUUGGACGGAAGAAAGGGUAACAUUAAAGAAGACAAAGGUAGACAAAAAGGAAGUAAUAAAAGAAACCCUCGAAGAAGUUCCAUUAAAAUCAAUAAAGCCAGAAAAGAAGGAAACGACAGAGAAAAUCACGAAAACGAUAGAAGACAAAACUACAGAAUAUGUCGAAGAGCGGGAAGACAGCAAAUUUUUAAAUAUUCAAAAAGAUACUACGGUAGAACAAUAUAAAACUGAAAAAGCUGUACCGUGGUCAAGGGGUAUUAAAAAAUCAAAAGAAAAGAUGCCAUUCGAGGAAAAAGAAGAUAUAACUACUCUUCAAAUUGACAGAGACAUAGAAAGUGUAAAGAAGGAAGUUAAGGAAGAAACGCCAGUACCAUGGAUAAGAGGAAAGAAACCAUUAGACAAAGCACCUUACGUUGAAGAAGAAGAUCAUACUAAAAUAACAACUGAUAAGAUAGAAGAGACUGAACAAGUCACUCAAAAAGAGACGGCUGUUCCAUGGAUUCGAGGUAAAAAGCCAAAGAAGGAAGAUGUACCUAAAGAGCAGGAAAGUCCUAGCGAGGAAAUAUCUCAAGUUCCUUGGCUCCGUGAUAAAAAAUUGAGUCGUACAAUUGCAAAGAAAAAAGAAGUGGAGGAAGAAAAAGUACAGGAGGAAGUAAUAUUGAAACCUGUUAUACGACAAAAGCCAGAAGAAAAAGAAGAAGAAAAGAAACAGCCAAAAAAGAAAACAGAAAUUACCAUGCCAAUUAGACCUCAGGAAACUCUCGAGGAAGCACCUCUGGAUUCUUCUAGUGCGCCUUGGCGUCGUACAGUAAAAACAAAACCUCUUGUACCGGAAUUACCGGAAACUGAACAGAUUCCUUCAAAAGUAGAAGAAACGAAACAAAUAAUUAGAAAAGACGAACAGGUAAUCGAAGACUUUAGAACGUUAAGCUUAAAACCUACUAGACGUAGUAGCCGACCACUUGAACAAGAGGAAAUGGAGAAACCAACGCUUAAGCCCGUCGCUCCAAUUUCGCAAGAACAAUUGAAACCAGAAAGAUCGGAACAGCUUGUAAAUGGAGAAAAGAUCGAAGAAAAGACCGAGCUUCCUUGGAGGCGUGGAAGAAAACUUUCGACAAAAAUAAUACCAGACAGUAAACCUGAAAUUGAAAUUCCAGUUGAACACAUUCCUAAAGAGCAAGACAAAGAAACAUUAAAAACUGAAACGAGGAAGCAAAUUGAAGAAAUUCCAGAUAAGACAAAGAUUACGUUGGUCACGAAACGAAAGGUCCCAGAAGAGGUUAAACCAGAGGAAGCGACAUUGAAACCUGUUAAAAGAAUUCCCAAAGAAGAAGAAACAAAAGAGGAAAUAACUUUGAAGCCUAUAGGCAGGAAAAAACCAGAAGAAAAAGCACCAGAAGAAGUUAAACUUAAACCUGUGAGAAAGGAAAAGGUCCCUGAAGAGGUGAAACCAGAGGAAGUGACAUUGAAACCUGUUAAACGAAUUCCCAAAGAAGAAGAAACAAAAGAAGAGAUAACUUUAAAACCUAUAGACAGGAAAAAACCAGAAGUAGAGGCUCCAGAAGAAGUUAAACUUAAACCUGUGAGAAAGGAAAUGGUUCCAGAGGAGAUUAAACCAGAGAAAGUUAAAUUGAAACCGGUCAGAAAAGAAAAGGUCCCAGAAGAGGUGAAACCAGAGGAAGUUAAAUUGAAACCUGUUAAACGAAUUCCCAAAGAGGAAGAAACAAAAGAAGAGAUAACUUUAAAACCUAUAGACAGGAAAAAACCAGAAGUAGAGGCUCCAGAAGAAGUUAAACUUAAACCUGUGAGAAAGGAAAAGGUCCCAGAAGAGGUGAAACCAGAGGAAGUGACAUUGAAACCUGUUAAACGAAUUCCCAAAGAAGAAGAAACAAAAGAGGAAAUAACUUUGAAGCCUAUAGACAGGAAAAAACCAGAAGAAAAAGCACCAGAAGAAGUUAAACUUAAACCUGUGAGGAAGGAAAAGGUCCCAGAAGAGGUGAAACCAGAGGAAGUGACAUUGAAACCUGUUAAACGAAUUCCCAAAGAGGAAGAAACAAAAGAGGAAAUAACUUUGAAGCCUAUAGACAGGAAAAAACCAGAAGAAAAAGCACCAGAAGAAGUUAAACUUAAACCUGUGAGGAAGGAAAAGGUCUCAGAAGAGGUGAAACCAGAGGAAGUGACAUUGAAACCUGUUAAACGAAUUCCCAAAGAAGAAGAAACAAAAGAGGAAAUAACUUUGAAGCCUAUAGACAGGAAAAAACCAGAAGAAAAAGCACCAGAAGAAGUUAAACUUAAACCUGUGAGAAAAGAAAUAGUUCCAGAGGAGAUUAAACCAGAGGAAGUUAAAUUGAAACCGGUGAGAAAAGAAAAGGUCCCAGAAGAGAUGAAACCAGAGGAAGUUAAAUUGAAACCUGUUAAACGAAUUCCCAAAGAGGAAGAAACAAAAGAAGAGAUAACUUUAAAACCUAUAGACAGGAAAAAACCAGAAAUAGAGGCUCCAGAAGAAGUUAAACUUAAACCUGUGAGAAAGGAAAAGGUCCCAGAAGAGGUGAAACCAGAGGAAGUGACAUUGAAACCUGUUAAACGAAUUCCCAAAGAAGAAGAAACAAAAGAGGAAAUAACUUUGAAGCCUAUAGACAGGAAAAAACCAGAAGAAAAAGCACCAGAAGAAGUUAAACUUAAACCUGUGAGAAAAGAAAUGGUUCCAGAGGAGAUUAAACCAGAGGAAGUUAAAUUGAAACCGGUCAGAAAAGAAAAGGUCCCAGAAGAGAUGAAACCAGAGGAAGUUAAAUUGAAACCUGUUAAACGAAUUCCCAAAGAGGAAGAAACAAAAGAAGAGAUAACUUUAAAACCUAUAGACAGGAAAAAACCAGAAAUAGAGGCUCCAGAAGAAGUUAAACUUAAACCUGUGAGAAAGGAAAAGGUCCCUGAAGAGGUGAAACCAGAGGAAGUGACAUUGAAACCUGUUAAACGAAUUCCCAAAGAGGAAGAAACAAAAGAAGAGAUAACUUUAAAACCAAUAGACAGGAAAAAACCAGAAGAAAAAGCACCAGAAGAAGUUAAACUUAAACCUGUAAGAAAAGAAAUGGUUCCAGAGGAGAUUAAACCAGAGGAAGUUAAAUUGAAACCGGUCAGAAAAGAAAAGGUCCCAGAAGAGGUGAAACCAGAGGAAGUUAAAUUGAAACCUGUUAAACGAAUUCCCAAAGAGGAAGAAACAAAAGAAGAGAUAACUUUAAAACCUAUAGACAGGAAAAAACCAGAAAUAGAGGCUCCAGAAGAAGUUAAACUUAAACCUGUGAGAAAGGAAAAGGUCCCUGAAGAGGUGAAACCAGAGGAAGUGACAUUGAAACCUGUUAAACGAAUUCCCAAAGAGGAAGAAACAAAAGAAGAGAUAACUUUAAAACCAAUAGACAGGAAAAAACCAGAAGAAAAAGCACCAGAAGAAGUUAAACUUAAACCUGUAAGAAAAGAAAUGGUUCCAGAGGAGAUUAAACCAGAGGAAGUUAAAUUGAAACCGGUCAGAAAAGAAAAGGUCCCAGAAGAGGUGGAACCAGAGGAAGUUAAAUUGAAACCUGUUAAACGAAUUCCCAAAGAGGAAGAAACAAAAGAAGAGAUAACUUUAAAACCUAUAGACAGGAAAAAACCAGAAAUAGAGGCUCCAGAAGAAGUUAAACUUAAACCUGUGAGAAAGGAAAAGGUCCCUGAAGAGGUGAAACCAGAGGAAGUGACAUUGAAACCUGUUAAACGAAUUCCCAAAGAGGAAGAAACAAAAGAAGAGAUAACUUUAAAACCAAUAGACAGGAAAAAAGCAGAAGAAAAAGUACCAGAAGAAGUUAAACUUAAACCUGUGAGGAAGGAAAAGGUUCCAGAGGAAGUUAAACCAGAGGAAGUUAAACUGAAACCUGUUAAACGAAUUCCUAAAGAUGAAGAAACGAAGGAAGAGAUAACAUUGAAGCCUAUAGAGAAGAAGGAAGCUAAAGUAGAAGUACCAGAAGAGGUAAAGUUGAAACCUCUCAUAAAAGAAAAGAAAUCCGAAGUAGCCAAGCCUGACGAGAUUAUUCCUGUCGCUGUUGUUGAAAAACCUGAUGAAGAGAAACCAGAUGAAAUUAGUAUUUUACCCUGGCGACGGACUCGUAAAGCGAAGAAAGUGGUUGAUUUUAAAGAAGAGGUUACUGUAGUACCAAUUGAUCAAGAACAGAUGAUAACAGAAAUACACGAAGAAAAAGAAAUAUCUGAAUUGAAAGAAGCAACUGUAAUUGAAGAAAGAGAAGUCAUAAUGCCUAAACCACUUCCUGAAAAGGUUACGGAAGUAUCAGAAGAAAAGAAAAUAGAAGUUACUGAGAAAAAGGUAAUGCCAUGGCGAAAAGCUAGGAAACCUGAGAAGAAAACCGAAGAGAUUCUACAGGUCGAACAAAUACGAGAGGAGAAAAAGGAAGAUGUAGACGUUGUUGAAAAGACUGAAAUUUCCUGGAGAAAAAUAAAACGGAAACCAGAGGAAACAAAAAAAGAUGAAAAAUCGUUGGAUAUUAUUGAAAAGGUCAUCGAAAGUGUAGAAGAUGUAACGAAGAAAUUGAAACCUGAAGAACAAAAACCAAUUAUGAAAGCCGUAGAAAGAGAAGAUGUGGUAGAGGAAGUAACUGUUGAGACGAUAAAGAUGAAACCAGAAAAGAAAGAGAAAUCUAAAACAGAACCAAUAAAAUUAGAAGUAGCUCCUGAGAAACCCGAAGAAACGGAAGAAAUUAGCACCGAUUUGGUAUUGAAGAAGCCUAAGAAGAAAGAUAAACCUAAAGAAGAUAUUACUCCUGUAAUUGUCGAGGAGAAGCAAGUAAUUGCAGAAGACAUUGUUACUUCUGUUCAAGAUUUCCAAAUAACUCGUAAAGAAAAGAUAAUCAAAACCGAUAAGAAACCGGAAGAAAUUGUCCAAGAUGAUUACAAAGUCGAAAAAGUAAUUCAGGAACGUGUUACAGAAGAAACUAAGCGAAGACGUAGACAACAUACACAAGUCGAUAUACCAAUUAUAGAUAAAGAUAAAACAAUUGCGCCAAGGUUCAUCCAGAAGCUACAACCAAUUGUUGCGGAACUUGAACAACCCGCUAAAUUUACGUGCACCGUUGUUGGUAAUCCAGUCCCCGAAAUUUCUUGGUAUAGAAAUGAGCAAGAACUUCAUGCAAGUGAAAAAUAUAUUAUGACGAUAUUUGAAACAACGGCUACUUUGGAAAUUACCAAGGUGAAAGAAGAAGAUGCAGGAAUGUAUUCUUGCAGAGCAUCGAAUCCGGCAGGAGUUGCAACGUCUACAGUGAAUCUCGUUAUCUUUGAAAAAGAAGAGGAAGGUGUUGCUCCUCACUUCUCUACUCCAAUCAAGCCACUUAUGGUCGAAGAACAUAAACCAGCAACGCUCGAAUGCGUUGUUACUGGUACGCCGGUCCCCGAAGUAAAAUGGUAUAGUGGUGACAACGAAAUUAUACCAAAAAAAGGAACGGAAAUAACGUUUAAUCCGGAAACAGGAGAAGCUAAAUUAACUAUCCUUGAACCUACGCCACAAGAUGAAAUAACUUAUCGCGUACGUGCCGUAAACAAAUUCGGUCGGGCAGAAUGCAGAGCCAAUCUGGUUAUAAGCAAUAUCGUUAAAAUUUCCAAACCAGAGGUAAUGCAAGCUCCUACAAUAAUAAAGCCUUUGCCAGCAUUGGUGGCAGAACGGGGUAAACCUCUAAAGUUAACGGCUGACUUCGAAAGCAAGCCGAGACCAGAAGUAAAAUGGUAUCGCAACGGAAUCGAAAUUACACCUGGCGAAAACCGUGUGAUAAAGAUUUAUGAAAAUAGUGCAGAACUGUUGAUACCUUCACCCGUUAAAACAGACGGCGGAAAAUAUGAGAUAAGAGUACAAAAUCCUGCUGGAGAAGCUCGAAGUUCCGGUUCGGUUACCGUAAAAGAACGCGAAGACAAAUUAGACGAGGUGAAAGCUCCACGAUUUAUUGAACCUAUACAACCGCAAAUAGUCACAGAAGGAGAAGUUGUGAUCAUGGAAGCACGAGUAGAUUCUUAUCCAACAGCCUCCUUUCAGUGGUUCUACGAAAGUCGUCCCCUCGAAUCUACGGCACAGAUGAGAAUAGUUACGAAGGAAAAUAGAUCGGUAUUACUGGUGAAAGAGAUCAAACCAGAAUUCGCAGGUACGUACACCUGUCGUGCUGAGAACGUAGGUGGAUCAGUUACGUGCACGGCUACCGUUAAUCUUCUCGACACAACGUGGGAGGAAGCUACUGAAUUAAUAUCACCAACAUUCGUGAAAAGAUUAUCACCUGUUAGAGUGAUGGAUGGUGAGAGCGUAAAUCUAACGUGUGUCGUAGAAGGUAAACCAACGCCAAAAGUCGAAUGGUAUCACGAUGACAAACUGAUCAAAGAAGGCAAAGAAAUAACUAUUUUGCAAGACACCGAAGGUGUAUGUAGUCUUGCAAUUACGGAGGUAUUCCCCGAGGAUGCAGGUCAAUAUACGUGUCGUGCUGUAAAUCCUAUUGGUGAGGCUGUCUGUACAUCGUCGCUUGUCGUCGAAGCAUAUGAGUACGUACCAGAUUCAGAGAUUGCAUCGUCGAUCGUUGCAACGUCUCUUACCACAGGACAAAGUGGUUCGGAAGAAGACCUAUUAUCGCCAAAGGAGACGCCUCUCUUCGAUACUGAUACAGAGGAGUCUGCUCCAGAAAUAAUAAAGAAACUUCCUCAGUUAAUUCCUACCAAAGAUGGAGAAUUAACCAGAUUGGAAGUAAAGGUCAAAGGGAAGCCGAAGCCAGAAGGAAAGUGGUACAAACAAGGAGUGGAAAUCGUAUCGUCUCAAGAAUUUCAAAUUGAAGAUUUUGAAGAUGGAACUUCGGUACUAACAAUCGCAGAAACUUAUCCAGAUGACACCGGUGAAAUUGUAUUUGAAGCGCAUAAUCCUCUUGGAGUAUCUACCACAAUGACGUAUUUGUCCGUAGAAGGUAUCCUCGGGACAAAAGAAUAUAGGAAACCAGAAUGGGUGACCCAAAUGGAGGAGAUGCAAGAAGCUCUUAAAGCCACGCAAUCCAUACCACGAUUUAUUCAAGAAAUAACAGACGCUUAUGUAAAUGAAGGAGAAAAGGUCGUGUUCGAAUGCAUAUAUUCCGGUAAUCCUGUUCCAGACGUUGUUUGGUACAAAAAUGAUAAAUUGAUAAUGAAUACGGAUAAUAUCAAAAUCCGUAUCCUCGACAAUGAGAAGAAAACUUCGCUUAAUAUUUUGAAAGCUACUCGAGAAGACGAAGCUGUUUAUGUUUGUAAAGCUACAAGUGAGAUUGGUCUGACGGUAACAAAGGCCAAAUUACGCGUAACUGGCACUGGAACCGACUGGAAGCCGAUGUCGGAGGAUGAAGCUGAAGAGGUGGUAGAGGUUAAACAGAAGAAAGAAGUACACAAAAAGAAGAAACCGGAAUUGAAGAAGGCAAAAGAACUGAAAGAAAAAAUCAAGACAGAGCGUGUAAAAGUCGAUAAGAAAGAGAUCGUUAAAGAGGAGCCGAUAAGCAAAGAACAGCCUGAAGAUAAAAAAAUUGCCGAUAUCGAAGAAACCCAAAUACUCGAAAGUGCAACGACCUUUGAAGAGAAGACAAAAGAGGUUUCUCGGGCUAAGAAGAUCGUUCCUAUUCAGGAACCCGUGAUAACCGAAGCUACGCCUUCGUUGAAGAAGAUCGAUGACCGAAAAUCACGAGAAAUGGUAUCGUCGACUAAAGAAAAAGCAAAGCCGGUAAUCGAGGAACGUGAGAGUAUGAUUGUCGUUUCGGAAAUAAGACCAGAAGACGUUGCUACUGAUUUCAAAGUAGAGAAAACAGUCGAUCGUGCGAGCGAGGUAACAUCAGAGGCAUUGGAGACAUUUUCUGUAUCGGAAGUUCGUACGGAAACGAAGCAAAAGAAAGCAAAGAAGGUGAUCGGCCAUGGACAAGUUGAGGUAACGCUGGUGAAAACCGAAGAGAUCAUCGAAGAGAAGCCAAAGAAAAAGAAGAAAGGUGAACAGAAGAUAAGAAUUCGUGAAGAGAUAACUGUGGAAGAGAUCCUUGAAAAAGAAAGAGAGCACAUCGCGCGAGAAGUCGAGGAGAUCCUUGAGGUGCUUCAGGCUAAGGAAUUUGGACCCGGUGAAAGUCCUUUACGCGAAUUGGCUACCAUCGGUUAUCUUGUACGACAGGGUGUUUCGGUUACGGAAAUAAAUGAGAGUCUCUACACAACCGACAAGUUCCCAGCCUUGAGAACACCGGACGCUCAAAACGCUCUAGUCCAAUUAGUUGAACGCGAAGGUCAUGGGCCUCUUAUCAGUCAAGUAUUAACCGAGGAAACGACUACCGACGAGAGCAUCGUAGCCGCAACUAUUGGCUUCAGGGCUUUUAUGAGAAUGAUCGAAUUACAACAUGCCACGGUGGAAGAGGUCAUUACGCACUUUGUACCCGAAGACUUCCGUCCACGUGCUUGGGAGGUCACAGAAGUGGCUGAGGUUGAAACCGAGCAACGCGUUAUGGAAAGAAUCGAUGCCGUCCAUAAAACAGAAGUCCAUAUCAUGGAAAGAAGAGACGAGAGGAAAGCCAUUCACGUGCAGGAUAUUCAAGAAAUUAAAGAAUACGAGGACACACGGCAGGCACACACAACACUACGCAAGCGAAAAGAUAGAAAACCGAAGGAUCGCAUUGAAGAUAAACCGCAGGAUAGGGAUGAGGGGGUUCAGGUAUUAGAAAUCGAGGAAAUCCAAGAGAUUGAAAAGGAGAAGAAGAAAGAGGACAUAGAAGAAGAAAUUAUUGUCAUUGAAAGGGAUUCAAAGGGCAGACUGAUUCCAAAAGAAGAAAUAGAUAUUGUGAAAAAAGUGAAAGAGAAAAAAGAGGAGGAGAAAAAAGAGAUAGAAGAAGAAGUGAUAGAGGAAGAAAUAAUUCGCAAGCGCAAACAAUUAAAAGCAAAGAGACCGGCUAUCGGGGAGGACGAAAUUCAAUUGGAAGAAGUAGAAGAAUUCGAAAUAAAACGAGAUAAAUCCAUGCCUUCUGUCGUAUUAAACGUACCUGGUCAACUUUACGAAGUAAUUCCUUUCAAUCGUACCGUUGAACAGGCUCCUGGUAAACCCAAAGUCGAGAAAGCUCAAUUAGCUGUAGAUACGGUUAGUGCGCUAACAGAACACCUCCAACCUGUACAAGAAAAAGAAAUUGAUAGCGUUGAUGUGAGAAAACCAGUUGGACAAAAAGCAUCAGUUUCAGUUUCAACCGUGGAACCUUACUCUAUCACGGAAACUAAUAUUCAGGCUACGGCUAGCGAAUUUUUAGAUACGUUUAAACCAAAUAUUUAUGCGGCUACUCCAGGCGUUACGCCAUCCGAAAGUUUAUUAGUAAGUGAAAUAUUAACUAACGAUGCCGAUUUGUUGGAUCUUACGUUGAGUAAACCAGAAGUUUCGAGAAGAGCCGAUACUAGUUUGACGUUACAAGAAGCUACAACGAUUUCUGAAACAAUGGUCAGUCAGAACGAAGUACCUACGGAAGAUUUUGUUUCGCCACUCGCGGUGAAAGCCGAGGAUAAUUUCUUGCCUCAAGUAGGACUUUCCGUCUACGAGGUUCAAGAAGGUUUGGCAGAAGACAAACUCGAACCUAUUAAAACUGUUCCUACGAAACCUAGGGUGAACGUUACCGCUACCGAACCAUUGAUCAUAGAGGAAGUAUGUGCCGAAGAUAAGCCUGGAAAAUAUUAUCCAGAAUUAAUAGUACCUACAGAAGUCGCAAUACAAUCGGUCAUUGCACAGAAGCAAAGAGUCACAGAGGAAUUACAUGCUCCUGAAAAGGAGGGCGAGUAUGUGCCAGGUAAAUUGCCACCUAGUCAAAAAGCUCAGAUCGGUAUUUCUUAUGACAAUGAGACCGCUAUCGUUCAACAAAAUCUAAUUCAGGAAAGCGAGGGUAUUUUUGUUCCCGAUCGUAAAGCGGACACUUUCGAAGCAACGGAUAAAAUCACUUUGUUGGAAGGAGUCACAGUAUCUACCGUUGAUACGCAACAGAGAGAAACGGAUCUAAAAGUAGAAGAAAGUAAAACUGUAAAAGCGGAUCUGAGCGUUAUCGAGAUUACAUCAGCUACGACAGUCGAAACAAUUACUUCGGAAAAAGAACAAGAUUAUCAACCAGAUGAGAAGCCAGCUACUAAGCUUGCUGAAACAUCAAUCUCUACAUUAGAAAUAGGUUCUGUCACAAGCACGAUGGUGCAAGAAUCAGAGGGGCCAUACACUAGCGAUCACAAACCAACAGCAUUUUUAGCAGAAACUUCAGUUAGACCGGAAGAAUAUUUACAGGUAUCUCAAGUUCAAACAGCCGAUUAUCCAUCAGAUUUUAAAGAUGAGUUAAAGUACGUAUCGGAAAGUGGCAGCGUAUCUGUCGAGUUAACAGAAGCUAAAAUGGUACACGAGACUCUUACGCACGAUAAGGAAUCAAAGUUGGAAGAAGUUGUAAAACCUGAGGAGCGUACAAUUUCAACCUCGUACGACGCAAUACGGGGCGUAGAAGUGUUCCAAACCACUUCGAUAGAGAAGGAAGCUGAAUUAAAGGUAUUCGAAUUACCAGAGUCUCAUCGUGGUAAAACCGUGCCAACUCAUCCAGUAAUAUCUCUACAAAUCGAGGAAACUCAUCCUGAAGAUAACGUAGGUGAAGUUAUCAAAGAAGUUCCAUCGUCAGCAGUGGCUGCAAUUGGCGCGGUAAGCUUGCAAGAAACAAUAGUAAAAGAAACAGUCCCGGCUGAAGGAUUGGCUCCUGUUAAAGAAGACAAAGCUGUUGAUAUGAAAAAGGCUGAAGUAGCAAUCGAUGAAAUAGAAAGCGUUCAUACUACCAUGGUCAUAGCUAGUGAAAAAGAAGCCGAAUACACUGCAGUAUCUAAUGUCAAAGGAGCAUUUGCUACAACAGAUUUUAUAACACAUAACGCCCCUGUAUCAGAGGAAGUAAGAACUGAAUCUCCUACAAAUGAAUUUGUUCCACACGAGAGACCCGCUUCAAGAACAGCCGAGGAAUCUCGAAUUCCUCUUGAAAGUAUUUACGUAGCGAUACAAGAAACUGCGGAGAAAGAGGAUAUUUAUAAUGUCGAUGUAAAACCAGAACAGAAAAUUGCAAAUGUAGAUUACACCGAAGCGAAAAGCGGAUUAAGCAUUCUUGAAAUCGUUACGCACGAUAAAGAGAUGGCAUAUGCUCCUAUGGAAAAGCCCAAGGAUUAUACCGUUCAAACAUCCAUAACAGGUCAUACCAUAGCAUCACAAUCAGAAACUUUAAUACAACAAUCUACUGGUUCUAUAAUUGACGAGACACCGAAAACAGGAAAAGCAAUUCAGCAACAGGAGGCUUUAGAAGAACUGAUUGUAACAGAAACCAACAUAGCAGAAACAGGGAAGCCAAGAGAAAUGGACGUACGUCCUAUCGAACAAAGCGCAGAUGUAGAAUUUUGUACAAGGCCGGAUACGUUAAUGGUUAGUGAAAUUACGGCCAUGUUAAAUGAAGAAAAGUUAUCGAUCGAAGAAGUACCAAAAGAGCGUAAAGUAUCUAUGAACAUUAGCGUUACACACGAAGUAGCAGAAAUGCAAGAAACCAUUGUCGCUAGUAACGUUAACAUUCUUAAGGAAGAAAAACCGAAAGAAGAAAGUGCAACUCAGCAACAAAGUGGUUUAAAUAUUGUAGAACAAACUGAAGUAUCAGUGUCGGAAAAAGAAUCACCAUUGCAAGUGGACCUGAAACCAGAAAGCAAAAAAGUGGGAGUGACUUUCGAAGAGGGAGAGGGUCUUGAAAUUGUCAUGACACAUCCUGAAGAAAAAGAAGGAGAAUUUACUAAAGAUUCUAAACCAAAAGGCGUGGAAGCAAACGUAGAUAUUAUAACACAAAUUGUGGCAUCUAAAUUCGAAAUAAUAAGCGAUACUGAUUUAUCUCAAUUACCGAUUGAACCUGCAAAAAUCGCACAAUCACAGACAACCUUUUUACCGUUUGAAACUACCAUUUCUGAACAAGUUGAGACCACAGAAAAAGAAGCUCCGUUGUCUGAAAGUCAACCAUUCGAUAGAAAAGCUAAUCUGGAAUUUAUAAUGGGCGAGGGUGUAAUUGUUUCUUCGGUAAUUCCUGGAGAUAAGGAAAGCACAUUACCCAAAGAAGAAAAGCCAGAAUCGAAAUCUGUAAUGUUCGAUAUACCCACGCACAUGGUAGCUGAAACAAGCGAAACAACUGCUACAGAUAACAUUGGUGAUUUCAAAAGAGCAGAAAUAUUAUCUGCUACAGCUACCACAGAUCACGUUACUUUUCGUAGUUUAAUCACGUCGGAAAUAUCAACCGGUGAUUUAGAACAACCUCUUCCUACGUUCGUCAAACCAGAGGAUAAAAUGAUCAAUGUUACCUUUGACGAAGAUUACGGCGUCACUAUAUUAGAAACUAUAACGUCUGAUAAAGAAAAGGAUUAUAUACCGGCAGCACCUAUUGAAGGUGAGAAGGCAAUAGCUACUUUCGAUGCUCAUAAAGUUGCCCAACAGGAAGAAAUUACGCCAACCACUCAUCCAGGAACUUUCGAUAUCUCAGCUCUUACUACGGCAGCCGCCAAAGAAGAACGUUUACCGUUUGAAAGUAUUAUCCAAACGGAAACAAUUAUCUCAGAGACUGAAAAAGAAUUUCAAGAAAAGCCUAUUAUAGGUAAUAAGGCAGUAGUGGGAAUAAAUGAAUUAAUUUCUGUAACAGAAAGUACAGAAAUCGCGGCGCACAAAGAAGCUAUUCUUGAAAUUUCUGAGAAACCGGCCGAAAAGAAGGCUGAAUUUCAAAUAUUUGGUCACCCAAUCGCCGAAAAAGAAGAAAUUACUGUAGAUCUGAGUGUGGGAAAAGUAGAAGAUUCGAAAGUAUUAUCAGUUAUUGCAACGCCUUCGAAUGUUCCUUUAGAAACAAUAGUAACAUCGGAGAUACAAGCGACUGAAUCUGAAGCACCAUUCUCCAGGGAUAAAUUGCCUAUGCAAGCAACAGCAGAUUUGGCUCUGGUAGAGGAAAAAAGUAUACAAAUAUCUACGGUUGUUACCGAAGAUAAAGAAAGUGAAUACAAGCCAGGAGAAAUUCCUGAAGUUAGAAAAGCAGGAAAAUCUUACGUGGAGGGUCAUACGGUAGCUGAAACGAUGAUGCAAAUUUUGGACUAUACCACGGCAGAAUUAACUAAAGAAAUAUUAUCUACAUCAACGGUGAAAUCGGAACACAUACCUUUGAUACCGCUAAUCGAAUCACAACCAAUUGUUCAAGAAAGUGAAGAUCAAUUUCUACCAAUAUUAAUGCCAGAAAAUAAAACUGCAAGCAUAGGUUUGGAAUAUGAUAGAACAAGUGUCACCAUAUCUCAAAUGACGACCGUUGAAAAAGAAUCUAUUUAUGUACCCGAAGGACAACCAUCGAGGCAUUCAGCUCUUCCUGGAAUAGAUUCGAUUCAUGGAAUCGCAGAAACAACUACGAUAACUACUGAGGAUUCCGUUGGUGAAGUCGAUAUAAAGAAACCAGACGCAAAAACUGCAAUCGCUACGCAAGAAGUGCAACAGAGUUUAUUAAUAACUCAGGAUAUCCCUCAAGAUCAAGAAGCACCCUUCGAAGGAAAAUUCAAACCAACACCUCACGAAAUUCAUAUGUCUAUAGAAGAAGGUAAACGUGUUACAACUGUCACGGAAGUCAAUAUAUCGGACAAAGAAGAUACUCUUACCACUUUUCAAGAUAGAAGUCAAGAAGCCGUACCAGUUAUUAUUACAGGACACGAGGUCGCUGAAAAGACUGAAAUUGUAACUGAUUUGAGCACAGGUAAAUUGGACAUAGUCAAGCCGUCGUCGGCUACCGCUCAAAUUGGACAAAAGCCUUACGAAACGAUUCAAUUGACCGAAGAGAUUUUAGCUGAGAAAGAAAUAGACACGGUAGAGAAAGUGCCAUUAACAUCGACUAAGGCACGCGUUGCUCUAGAUGAUAAUAGAUUCAUAGCGAUCACAGAAGCUACUAUUGCACAGGAUGUGGAAUCAGAACUUCUUCUAGAGAAGAAGCCUUCGGAGAAAACGGCAGUACCUACGUUAGAUGCUAAAGAAGUUGCGGAACACCUUGAAGUCAAUUUACGCGAAGGCCUUGGUACAUUACCCGAAGCAAUUAAACCAGCUUUAUCGGAAGCACAUCCUACCCAAUCUAUUUUGGAAUCUAUAAAUAUUAACGAAACGAUUCCCCAAGAACAAAGCGCUGUACUUUCGGAUAAAUUAGAAUUUGAUAAACAGCGCAGCGCGGAAAUUGGUUUCGUCGAAGAAAAAAGUAUAAUAAUUGGCACUGUGUUAACACAAGAUAAGGAAGACAUCAUGACAAUACCAGAAUAUACGCAUAGUACUGCACAAAUAAAAUUAACGAAAAUUGGAAUGGAUGUUGCUGAAACAUCGGAAUUGUUAAUAGAACAGAGUACUGGUUCUGUAAAACCAUUUGAGAAAACUGAAAUGAAAGCCCAUUCAAAACAAGAUGCAUUAGAGCCACUAAUCAUUGAAGAUAUUCCUAGUGCGGAAAGUGAAGGUAUCUUCGAUAAAUAUCCUAAAACAAUUUCUAGUAUUGCCGAUACCGUAUUUGAGGAGGGCCACAGUAUUUCGAUUACCGAGGUUACUUCGGCCGAGCUUGAAACAUCUUUAGAAACAAAAGAACUUGCCUCUUCGCAAACAGCUUCUUCCACGAUCAUUACAGAACAUGGUACGAUUGAAACAACUCUCGUAGAAUCGCAAGUUAAUAUCCCUGAAAAAGGCACUGAUCAUCGUGGUGUGACACCGCAAAAGGCAACAGCACAUCGUGAUACAUUUGAAAGUAUUAUCGUAGAACAGAAUUUGAUCGAAGAAAGUGAGAAAACUUUUGAGGGUAUUUUCAAACCAUCGAUGCAAAAGGCAGACAUUGAUUUCCAACAGAACAAACCUUUGCAGAUUUCCGAAAUUAUUACCGAAGAUAAGGAAGGCGUGUUUAAUGUCAUUCCUAAGCGACAAGAAGUGAAAGCUACAACUGAAAUUGGACUGUUUGAGACGGUAGAAAAAUCUUUGAUAGAGGGUAUGCAAAGCGUAGAAGAGAUUCCCAAAGAGCAAACGAUUUCCUCUCAAGCAACUUUAUCACAAAUUCCUAUCGAGGCCGUUAUUGAAACGGAAACAACAUUAGGUGAACGAGAGGAUACAUUCGAAGGGAAAGAUUUUAAACCAACUGAACAAAAAGGAAAACCUCAUUUGGAAGGUUUAAGUACGGUUACAGUUACUGAGAUUAUAUCAAAUGAGACCGAAGAGAUCUUGCCUGUAUCAACCGUUCCAAAGGAACAACAGGCACUUGCGAACUUGUUGAGUAAAGAGGCUAUUGAAACCUUACAAGUUUUAACUGUAGGAAGUGCUGAAGACAUAACAGAACAUAUUAAAUUCGAAGAAAAACAAACAAAAGUAGAAGUUGAAGAAUUGUCAAGCGUAUCUGUUUCUGAGAUAAUCUUAAAUGAAACAGAAGAUGCAUUAUUACAGAAAGAAGUUCCAAAGGACCAAACGGCUCACUUAAAUAUUUCAGGUAGGGAGGCAGCCGAAACAACCGAAGUAAUGAUUAGCACCGAAACCCAAGAUCUAAGUACACAAGUACCGAAAGAAGAAAAAGGUAAAGCGGGCUUGGAGGAAUUAACGCCUUUAACUGUAUCACAAAUAGUUUUGAACGAAGCUGAAAAAACUUUGCCUACUGCAGAAAUGCCUUUGGAAAAAGUCGCCCAACCUAGUUUGCUUGGUAGAGAUAUCGCUCAAAUUAGUCAAGUAUUUACUAUGGCAAGCACCGAGGAAUUAAUAUCAUCCAAAGAGCCCGAAAAGCACAAAGGUAAACCAGGUUUAGAAGAGUUAUCUUCAUUAACGAUAUCCCAAAUAAUAUCUCAGGAAAUAGAAGAAACGAUGCCUAGUCCAGAAGUUCCUACUGAAAGAGAGGCGCAAGCAAAUAUUUUUGGCCGAGAUGUAGCCCAAACGAUGCAAGUGAUGACUGUGUCCAGUGCAGAACAAUUGGUUGAAUCCAAAAUACCCGAUGAACAAAAAGGUAGUCCAAGUUUUGAAGAAUUGUCACCUCUAACUAUCUCGCAAAUAUUGUCUAACGAAAUGGAAGACGUAUUGGCGGUAAUAGAAAAGCCUGCGGAGAAAACAGCACAGCCAAGUUUAUUUGGCAGAGAUGUGGCAGAGACAAGUCAGGUAUUAACCAUGACAACUGCAGAAGAACUUUCUAAAUUAAUUAAACCGGAAGAACAAAAAGGAAAGCCUCAGUUAGAGGAAUUGUCCUCUCUAUUAGUUUCCCAAGUAGUUUCUCAUGAAACUGAAGAUGUCUUACCAAGUCCAGAAGUACCGAACAAGUUUAUGGCAACAUCUUUACUCUCCGGCAGAGAAGUUGCCGAAACCAGUCAAGUUCUAUCCGUGAGUAAUGUCGAAGAAAUGGGAAAACCUGAAAUGCCAAAAGAGCAAAAAGGUAAACCUCAUUUCGAAGAAUUAACAUCAGUAUCCGUAUGUCAAAUAGUGUCAAAUGAAUCAGAGGAAACUUUAAUAAGUCCAGAAAAACCUGAUGAAAAGAUAGCAAAAACAAAGUUACUUACCAGAGAAGUAGCCGAAAAAACUGAAAUCUUGACGGUCUCCAAUGUAGAAGAAAUGCCGAAACUGGAGAAACCUGAAAGCCAGAGAAGAAAACCAGAAGUAGAUGAAUUAAGUUCGCUCGUAGUCUCUGAAGUUAUUUUCAGUGAAGCAGAAAAAACUUUGCCAAGUCCAGAUGUACCCACGGAACGUAAGGCAUUUCCAAAUAUGUUAAGUGUCGAGGCCGCAGAAAUAUCUGAAGUAUUGACAGUAACAAAUGUAGAUCAAUUAGAAAAGGCAAAACUACCAGAAGAACAAAAGGGUAAACCGCAAUUAGAAGAAUUAAGUUCACUAUCAAUUUCAGAAGUUGCGACCAGUGAAAUAGAGAAAGGUCUUCCAACUCCAGAAGAACCAAUGAAGCAAACUGCUCAACCUAGUUUAUUUGGCAUACAAGUUGCUCAAAAAUCUCAAGUCAUAACAUCAUCAACGACAGAAAGUCUUGCUGAAAGUACCAUACCGGAGGCUAAAACUAUAAUACCUGAACAGAUACCUUAUGAAAGUUUCGAAGAAAUGCAAAUGGUCCCACAGGAAAGUGAACGUAAUCUUGUUAUCGACAAAACGAUAUCACUGGCGACAGCUGAGGUUACUUUCCGUACGUCCGAAAGUUUUGAAGUAACACAAAUUUUGACAACUGAAAAAGAAAGUAAACAAGAAGUUAAAGAAAUGAUAAAGGAAGUUAGUGCAUUACCUGACGUUGUGAAAACAGAAGUUGCUCUAAAAACUGAAAUUCAUGUUGAAGAUACAGCUACGGAGUUUAAAAUUACAAAGCCGGAAAGUAAAAAAGCACAUGAGCUUGAAGAACCAAAGAAAAGUAUCAUUGUCACAGAAUUGGAAAAUGUCGGAGAAUGUGAAUCAGUCUUGCUUGAAUCCGUAAUGCCAUUUACAAAGGUAGCAAAUGUCUCAAUUGAAGCUGAUCAUCUGAAAAAUAUAAUAGAAACAACAGAAGCACCAGUGCAACAUGACACCACAAUCACAUUACCACACAAAACAAAACACGAUUUAACACAACAACCAUCGUACGAAUCUGAUACUGAGGUGACAGAAGAAUACACAACGAAAUUUAGGCGAGGCAGCAAGGACGAAGAUACUGCAGCUAUUAAAACAAAGAAAACAAUUAUACGAAAGAAGAAACCAUUGGGAAAAGAAGAAGAAAAUGUUGUCGUUAUCGAAGAAGAAUUGGACAACAUUAAAUCGACCUUACCACAGAUACCGAAAAAACAAUUUAUGUCAAUAGAAGAAAUAACAGACAUUGUAGAUCAGGAAGAAAUAGUACCAACAAAAAUAGAGGAAAUAGAGGAAACUCCACUUGAAGAAGAUAAACAACCGGAUAAGCAAAGGAAAGUACCUAAAAGAAAAGAAAAGAAAGAACGCUUCGUAGAAGAAAUAACGACAGAAGAGCUAAUAGAGAAACCAUUUAGGACAGCUACUGAGAUAAACCAAGAAGAAGAGACAAUAAAGGAAACAAUUCCAAUCAAACCAAAAAAGAAAAGAGUUACUGAGACCAUUGGAACUAAAGAAAGCGUACAAGUAACACAGGCAAUAACAGUAGAACAAGUAAAAGAAAUUCCUGAAGAAAUAAUAGAAAUUCUAGACACUCCUACAACAAGAGUAAUAACAAAGAAGAUAACUAAGAAAGAUCAACCUACGACUAUAACAAAAGAAACCGUAAAGAAAACGACAGAGGAGAAAAAGAUUAUGGAAGAUCAAAAGAUAAUUGAAAUAACUGAGACACCGUUGAAGAAAGUAAUCAAAAAGAAAAAGACAAGAAUCACUGAAGCUGGGGUACCAGAAGAGGUGGUAGAAGAAAUAGUCAUAAAAAAACCGAAGAAAGAACGUGCCCAACAAAUCCUUGAAGAAUUAGAGUGGCCGAUAGAAGAAAAGCCGGAAGUAAUCGAAGUGACGGAAACGCCAACUAAGAAAAUCAUAAAAAGGAAAAAGAAGCCAACAAAGAAAGGGGAGCCAACUGUGAUAACAGAAGAGAUCAUAGAGAAAACUGGAGAUGAAACAAAGAUCAUGGAGGAACAACAAAUUGUGGAAAUUACUGAGACGCCAUUGAAGAAGUUAAUCAAAAAGAAAAAGACAAGAAUCACUGAAGCUGGUGUACCUGAGGAGGUAGUGGAAGAGAUCGUCAUAGAGAAACCAAAGGAAGAACAGGCAAAACCACUUUUGGAAGAGUUAGAGGAAGCUAAAGAAGAAAAGCCAGAAGUAAUUGAAGUAACAGAAACGCCAACAAAGAAAAUAAUAAAGAGGAAAAAGAAGCCAACAAAGAAAGGUGAACCAACUGUGAUAACAGAAGAGAUUAUAGAGAAAACUGGAGAUGAGACAAAGAUCAUGGAAGAACAACAAAUUGUGGAAAUUACUGAGACGCCAUUGAAGAAGAUAAUCAAAAAGAAAAAGACAAGAAUCACUAAAGCUGGUGUACCUGAGGAGGUAGUGGAAGAGAUCGUCAUAGAGAAACCAAAGGAAGAACAGGCAAAACCACUUUUGGAAGAGUUAGAGGAAGCUAAAGAAGAAAAGCCAGAAAUAAUAGAAGUGACAGAAACGCCAACAAAGAAAAUAAUAAAGAGGAAAAAGAAGCCAACAAAGAAAGGUGAACCAACUGUGAUAACAGAAGAGAUUAUAGAGAAAACUGGAGAUGAGACAAAGAUCAUGGAAGAACAACAAAUUGUGGAAAUUACUGAGACGCCAUUGAAGAAGAUUAUCAAAAAGAAAAAGACAAGAAUCACUAAAGCUGGUGUACCUGAGGAGGUAGUGGAAGAGAUCGUCAUAGAGAAACCAAAGGAAGAACAGGCAAAACCACUUUUGGAAGAGUUAGAGGAAGCUAAAGAAGAAAAGCCAGAAAUAAUAGAAGUGACAGAAACGCCAACAAAGAAAAUAAUAAAGAGGAAAAUGAAGCCAACAAAGAAAGGUGAACCAACUGUGAUAACAGAAGAGAUUAUAGAGAAAACUGGAGAUGAAACUAAGAUCAUGGAAGAACAACAAAUUGUGGAAAUUACUGAGACGCCAUUGAAGAAAGUAAUCAAAAAGAAAAAGACAAGAAUCACUGAAGCUGGUGUGCCUGAGGAGGUAGUGGAAGAGAUCGUCAUAGAGAAACCAAAGGAAGAACAGGCAAAACCACUUUUUGAAGAGUUAGAGGAAGCUAAAGAAGAAAAGCCAGAAGUAAUUGAAGUAACAGAAACGCCAACAAAGAAAAUAAUAAAAAGGAAAAAGAAGCCAACAAAGAAAGGGGAGGCAACUGUGAUAACAGAAGAGAUCAUAGAGAAAACUGGAGAUGAAACAAAGAUCAUGGAGGAACAACAAAUUGUGGAAAUUACUGAGACGCCAUUGAAGAAGAUAAUCAAAAAGAAAAAGACAAGAAUCACUAAAGCUGGUGUACCUGAGGAGGUAGUGGAAGAGAUCGUCAUAGAGAAACCAAAGGGAGAACAGGCAAAACCACUUUUGGAAGAGUUAGAGGAAGCUAAAGAAGAAAAGCCAGAAGUAAUCGAAGUGACGGAAACACCAACAAAGAAAAUAAUAAAGAAGAAAAAGAAGCCAACAAAGAAAGGGGAGGCAACUGUGAUAACAGAAGAGAUUAUAGAGAAAACUGGAGAUGAAACUAAGAUCAUGGAGGAACAACAAAUUGUGGAAAUUACUGAGACGCCAUUGAAGAAAGUAAUCAAAAAGAAAAAGACAAGAAUCACUGAAGCUGGUGUGCCUGAGGAAGUAGUGGAAGAGAUCGUCAUAGAGAAACCAAAGGAAGAACAGGCAAAACCACUUUUGGAAGAGUUAGAAGAAGCUAAAGAAGAAAAGCCAGAAGUAAUUGAAGUAACAGAAACGCCAACAAAGAAAAUAAUAAAAAGGAAAAAGAAACCAACAAAGAAAGGGGAGGCAACUGUGAUAACACAAGAGAUUAUAGAGAAAACUGGAGAUGAAACUAAAAUCAUGGAAGAGCAACAAAUUGUGGAAAUUACUGAGACGCCAUUGAAGAAAGUAAUCAAAAAGAAGAAGACAAGAAUCACUGAAGCUGGUGUGCCUGAGGAAGUACUGGAAGAGAUCGUCAUAGAGAAACCAAAGGAAGAACAGGCAAAACCACUUUUGGAAGUGUUAGAGGAAGCUAAAGAAGAAAAGCCAGAAGUAAUUGAAGUAACAGAAACGCCAACAAAGAAAAUAAUAAAAAGGAAAAAGAAACCAACAAAGAAAGGGGAGGCAACUGUGAUAACACAAGAGAUUAUAGAGAAAACUGGAGAUGAAACUAAAAUCAUGGAAGAGCAACAAAUUGUGGAAAUUACUGAGACGCCAUUGAAGAAAGUAAUCAAAAAGAAGAAGACAAGAAUCACUGAAGCUGGUGUACCUGAGGAAGUGAUAGAAGAAUUGGUCAUAGAAAAACCAAAGGAAGAACAGGCAAAACCACUUUUGGAAGUGUUAGAGGAAGCUAAAGAAGAAAAGGCAGAAGUAAUUGAAGUAACAGAAACGCCAACAAAGAAAAUAAUAAAAAGGAAAAAGAAGCCAACAAAGAAAGGGGAGGCAACUGUGAUAACACAAGAGAUUAUAGAGAAAACUGGAGAUGAAACUAAAAUCAUGGAAGAGCAACAAAUUGUGGAAAUUACUGAGACGCCAUUGAAGAAAGUAAUCAAAAAGAAGAAGACAAGAAUCACUGAAGCUGGUGUACCUGAGGAAGUGAUAGAAGAAUUGGUCAUAGAAAAACCAAAUGAAGAACAGGCAAAACCACUUUUGGAAGAGUUAGAGGAAGCUAAAGAAGAAAAGCCAGAAGUAAUCGAAGUGACAGAAACGCCAACAAAGAAAAUAAUUAAAAGGAAGAAGAAGCCAACAAAGAAAGGGGAGGCAACUGUGAUAACAGAAGAGAUUAUAGAGAAAACUGGAGAUGAAACUAAGAUCAUGGAGGAACAACAAAUUGUGGAAAUUACUGAGACGCCAUUGAAGAAAGUAAUCAAAAAGAAAAAGACAAGAAUCACUGAAGCUGGUGUGCCUGAGGAAGUAGUGGAAGAGAUCGUCAUAGAGAAACCAAAGGAAGAACAGGCAAAACCACUUUUGGAAGAGUUAGAAGAAGCUAAAGAAGAAAAGCCAGAAGUAAUUGAAGUAACAGAAACGCCAACAAAGAAAAUAAUAAAGAGGAAAAAGAAGCCAACAAAGAAAGGGGAUGCAACUGUGAUAACAGAAGAGAUUAUAGAGAAAACUGGAGAUGAAACUAAGAUCAUGGAAGAACAACAAAUUGUGGAAAUUACUGAGACGCCAUUGAAGAAAGUAAUCAAAAAGAAAAAGACAAGAAUCACUGAAGCUGGUGUACCUGAGGAAGUGAUAGAAGAAUUGGUCAUAGAAAAACCAAAGGAAGAACAGGCAAAACCACUUUUGGAAGAGUUAGAGGAAGCUAAAGAAGAAAAGCCAGAAGUAAUCGAAGUGACAGAAACGCCAACAAAGAAAAUAAUUAAAAGGAAGAAGAAGCCAACAAAGAAAGGGGAGGCAACUGUGAUAACACAAGAGAUUAUAGAGAAAACUGGAGAUGAAACUAAAAUCAUGGAAGAGCAACAAAUUGUGGAAAUUACUGAGACGCCAUUGAAGAAAGUAAUCAAAAAGAAAAAGACAAGAAUCACUGAAGCUGGUGUGCCUGAGGAAGUAGUGGAAGAGAUCGUCAUAGAGAAACCAAAGGAAGAACAGGCAAAACCACUUUUGGAAGAGUUAGUGGAAGCUAAAGAAGAAAAGCCAGAAGUAAUCGAAGUAACAGAAACGCCAACAAAGAAAAUAAUAAAGAGGAAAAAGAAGCCAACAAAGAAAGGUGAACCAACUGUGAUAACAGAAGAGAUUAUAGAGAAAACUGGAGAUGAAACUAAAAUCAUGGAAGAGCGACAAAUUGUGGAAAUUACUGAGACGCCAUUGAAGAAAGUAAUCAAAAAGAAAAAGACAAGAAUCACUGAAGCUGGUGUACCUGAGGAAGUGAUAGAAGAAUUGGUCAUAGAAAAACCAAAGGAAGAACAGGCAAAACCACUUUUGGAAGAGUUAGUGGAAGCUAAAGAAGAAAAGCCAGAAGUAAUCGAAGUAACAGAAACGCCAACAAAGAAAAUAAUAAAGAGGAAAAAGAAGCCAACAAAGAAAGGUGAACCAACUGUGAUAACAGAAGAGAUUAUAGAGAAAACUGGAGAUGAAACAAAGAUCAUGGAAGAACAACAAAUUGUGGAAGUUACUGAGACGCCAUUGAAGAAGAUAAUCAAAAAGAAAAAGACAAGAAUCACUAAAGCUGGAGUACCUGAGGAGGUAGUGGAAGAGAUCGUCAUAGAGAAACCAAAGGAAGAACAGGCAAAACCACUUUUGGAAGAGUUAGAGGAAGCUAAAGAAGAAAAGCCAGAAAUAAUAGAAGUGACAGAAACGCCAACAAAGAAAAUAAUAAAGAGGAAAAAGAAGCCAACAAAGAAAGGUGAACCAACUGUGAUAACAGAAGAGAUUAUAGAGAAAACUGGAGAUGAAACAAAGAUCAUGGAAGAACAACAAAUUGUGGAAAUUACUGAGACGCCAUUGAAGAAGAUAAUCAAAAAGAAAAAGUCAAGAAUCACUAAAGCUGGUGUACCUGAGGAGGUAGUGGAAGAGAUCGUCAUAGAGAAACCAAAGGAAGAACAGGCAAAACCACUUUUGGAAGAAUUAGAGGAAGCUAAAGAAGAAAAGCCAGAAAUAAUAGAAGUGACAGAAACGCCAACAAAGAAAAUAAUAAAGAGGAAAAAGAAGCCAACAAAGAAAGGGGAUGCAACUGUGAUAACAGAAGAGAUUAUAGAGAAAACUGGAGAUGAAACAAAGAUCAUGGAAGAACAACAAAUUGUGGAAAUUACUGAGACGCCAUUGAAGAAAGUAAUCAAAAAGAAAAAGACAAGAAUCACUGAAGCUGGUGUGCCUGAGGAAGUAGUGGAAGAGAUCGUCAUAGAGAAACCAAAGGAAGAACAGGCAAAACCACUUUUGGAAGAGUUAGAGGAAGCUAAAGAAGAAAAGCCAGAAGUAAUCGAAGUGACGGAAACACCAACAAAGAAAAUAAUAAAGAGGAAAAAGAAGCCAACAAAGAAAGGUGAACCAACUGUGAUAACAGAAGAGAUUAUAGAGAAAACUGGAGAUGAAACAAAGAUCAUGGAAGAACAACAAAUUGUGGAAAUUACUGAGACGCCAUUGAAGAAAGUAAUCAAAAAGAAAAAGACAAGAAUCACUGAAGCUGGUGUGCCUGAGGAAGUAGUGGAAGAGAUCGUCAUAGAGAAACCAAAGGAAGAACAGGCAAAACCACUUUUGGAAGAGUUAGAGGAAGCUAAAGAAGAAAAGCCAGAAGUAAUCGAAGUGACGGAAACACCAACAAAGAAAAUAAUAAAGAGGAAAAAGAAGCCAACAAAGAAAGGUGAACCAACUGUGAUAACAGAAGAGAUUAUAGAGAAAACUGGAGAUGAAACAAAGAUCAUGGAGGAACAGCAGAUCGUAGAAAUUACUGAGACGCCAUUGAAGAAAGUAAUCAAAAAGAAAAAGACAAGAAUCACUGAAGCUGGUGUACCUGAGGAAGUAGUGGAAGAGAUCGUAAUAGAAAAGCCAAAAGAAGAACGGCUUAUACCUAUUACCGAUGUAGACGAAUCUGUAAAAAUUUCGGAAGUUCAUAUUACAGAAGCCGUUGAUGUAAAUGCGGAGGUGUCUAUACAAAAGGACGUAGAUGAAGUUCCUCGUUUAAAGAAGAAGAAGAAGAAAGUUCCUAAGAAGGAUGAUAUAGAGGAGUGGGUAGAACCGGAAUAUGAAAAACCGAUUUUAGAGCCAUUACCGGAGAAAAUAGAGAGGGUUCCAAAAAAGAAGAAAGAAAAGAAGCCACUUUCUCCAGAGUUACAGAAAUUGAUACCACAAAAAAUAGAAAGAAAAGAAAUAAAACCGACAAAACUGCAAUAUUCGAAACCUGAAGAAGUUGUUCAAAUUGGUACAAUAAAAUUGCGGAAAGUUACAGUACCAAAGAAGAAAGAACCUAAAGUAGCAAAAAUACCAAAGGUUUUAUUGCGUAGCAGAAUUACGUUUAUUGGUGACUAUCCACCAGAAUUGCAAAAACCAAAGCUUACGCUUCUUGAAGAAAAUCCUGUUCAAGUUGGUAUUCUUUCAAGGAAUGCGGAAGAAGCACUUAAAGUAUUAAAGAAAAAGAUUAAAAAACCGAAAUUACCAGAAAAAGAAAUAACGGAAUUAGAAAAACUGGAUAAGGAAUUUGAGAAAUUGAAGGAGAUUCCUUUAGAGGAAAUAGAAGAUAAGUCAGUAUAUGAGCGUAAGCCUAAGAAAAAGACGGAGGAACCUGAGAAACCACAAAAAUUGGUUAUACAAAAAGGUAAGGUUCCUGCACAGGAAGAACCACAACCAGAAGAGAUUAAAUUAAAGAAAAUACCCGUUAAAGAAAUAGAAGAAAUCGAAGAGACUCCAAAGAAACCAGUAAAAGAAACUACAGAGACAAAAGAACCUAAAGAAAAGAAACGAAAGCCCAAAAUGAAACUUGAACAUGAAGAAUUUAAACCUACUGAAUUUGAUAGGCCAGAGCUCGAAAAGUAUGUACCUGAAGAAGUUGAAAAACCAGAAGAGCCUCAACCAGAACCUACACCAAAGCCUUAUGUUAAAGAGGAACGAAAGAAACCUGAUCAAGAAAUCGAACAAAUCCCAUUAAUCCCAGGAAAACCGAAACCUCCAGAGCCAGAAGAAGAACCGGAAGUAAAGUUCCGAAUACCACAAAAAGAAAAACCAGAAGAAGAACCAGAAACUAUAAAAUUAAAAGGUUGGAAGAAAGAAAAGCCAGAAGAUGAAGUCUCGGAAAAAUUCCCGAGUAUAAAAGCCGAAGCUCUUCCUGAACAUCCAAAAGAUGAAGUAGAUGAAGAUAUAACAAUACGUAAAACGAAGUUGAAAAAACCUAAGAAAAAAGCUCCUCCAGAUGAAUCACCUGAUAAGCAUUUGAUAGAACAGAUUCCUACCCGAGAGGAAAGUCCAAAAGAUAUUACAGUAAUCUUAGAUAAAUCUGAAGACAUUAAGAAAGAAGAAGAAUUAAGUGUACCAGAGGAAGUAAAGGAGAAACCUGUUGCUAAAAAGAAGAAAAAGAAAAUUCCUAAGAAAGAUGAAAUAGAAGAGUGGGUAGAACCAGAAUAUGAAAGACCUGUGUUAGAACCCAUGCCAGAAAAGAUACAAUGGGAACCGACGAAGAAGAAGAAAGAGAAAAAACCGCUACCUCCAGAGCUUCAAAAAUUAGUACCACAAAAAAUAGAAAGAAAGGAAAUAAAACCAACAAAAUUGAAAUACAUGGAGCCACAAGAUGUCGUACAAUUCGGCUCAAUAAAAUUGAAAAAAGUAGCAGUGCCAAAGAAAAAGGAUAGUACAGUAGCAAAAAUUCCAAAAGUUUUAUUACGCAGUUGGAUCACAUUUAUUGGUGACUAUCCACCAGAAUUGCAAAAACCAAAGCUUACGCUUCUUGAAGAAAAUCCUGUUCAAGUUGGUAUUCUUUCAAGGAAUGCGGAAGAAGCACUUAAAGUAUUAAAGAAAAAGAUUAAAAAACCGAAAUUACCAGAAAAAGAAAUAACGGAAUUAGAAAAACUGGAUAAGGAAUUUGAGAAAUUAAAGGAGAUUCCUUUAGAGGAAAUAGAAGAUAAGUCAGUAUAUGAGCGUAAGCCUAAGAAAAAGACGGAGGAACCUGAGAAACCACAAAAAUUGGUUAUACAAAAAGGUAAGGUUCCUGCACAGGACGAACCACAACCUGAAGAGAUCAAAUUAAAGAAAAUACCCGUUAAAGAAAUAGAAGAAAUCGAAGAGACUCCAAAGAAACCAGUAAAAGAAACUACAGAGACAAAAGAACCUAAAGAAAAGAAACGAAAGCCCAAAAUGAAACUUGAACAUGAAGAAUUUAAACCUACUGAAUUUGAUAGGCCAGAGCUCGAAAAGUAUGUACCUGAAGAAGUUGAAAAACCAGAAGAGCCUCAACCAGAACCUACACCAAAGCCUUAUGUUAAAGAGGAACGAAAGAAACCUGAUCAAGAAAUCGAACAAAUCCCAUUAAUCCCAGGAAAACCGAAACCUCCAGAGCCAGAAGAAGAACCGGAAGUAAAGUUCCGAAUACCACAAAAAGAAAAACCAGAAGAAGAACCAGAAACUAUAAAAUUAAAAGGUUGGAAGAAAGAAAAGCCAGAAGAUGAAGUCCCGGAAAAAUUCCCGAGUAUAAAAGCCGAAGCUCUUCCUGAACAUCCGAAAGAUGAAAUAGAUGAAGAUAUAACAAUACGUAAAACGAAGCAGAAAAAACCUAAGAAGAAAGCUGUCCCGGAAAAAAUGGUUGAUGAUGAGACAAAACCGGAUUUAUCUCCAGUAGAAAAAGAACAGACUGUCGUUAUGGUAGAGAAAGUUCCUACUGAAGAAGAAAAACCCAAAGAAACUGAACAAGUGGAAGAUACAAUUACAGAAGAAAUUGUAGAAAAGGUAGUGGUAAGGAAGAAAAAGAAAAAGGUUGAUGAUUUAUCAGAAAAAGAGGAAAAAGUAAAUGGCAUCCCGUUAGGUAAGGAUGAAAUAAUGGAAGUUGCAGAUAUUAUCACUUUAGUGGAACAUAAAGACACGUUAAAUAAAGACAAAACUGUACCACUCUUAACAGCUUUAACUGAUGAUAUAGAAGACACUACACCAGAAACACACGAUAGACCAAAAUACACAAGACCGUUAAAACCUAAAACUGAUGAAAUCGUAUCAGGAGAUAUUGUAGAGAAGACAACAGAAGAGGAAAUUCAGGAAGAAAUUAUCGAAGAAACUCCUACUAAAAAAGUUGUUAAAAAGAAGAAAAAGCCACAGAAAGUAAUCGAUGAAGUCACGGAGGAAAUCGUUGAAGAAUUAAUAAUAGAAAAACCAAAGAAAGAAAAAGUUCAACCUGUCACGGAUGUAACGGAAAGUGCUCAAAUUACAGAAAUUAAAAUAGAAGCUCCUCAAACGAAAGAAGAAACUCUUAUCAUAGAAGAGGAGGAAAUAAUAGAAUCUCCAACGCGUAAAAUUAUAAGAAAGAAAGUUAAACCAAAAUCAAAAGAGAAAGAAGAACAGGUUAUUGAAGAGAUUUUGGAAAAACCAUUAGAAAAAAUAUCGACCAUAGAAAAGAAAGGUAUUGUAGAAAUUGUAGAAACACCUUCGAAGAAAAUCAUUAGGAAGAAAACAACUGUUAUAAAAGACGAUGGUAUUCCAGAGGAAGUGAUAGAAGAGUUUGUUAUAGAAAAACCAAAGGAGGAAAAGGCUAAGCCCAUCGUAGAAGAAGAAAAGAAAGCUAUGGAACAAAUAGUUGAAGUUAUUGAAACUCCAACGAAGAAAGUAAUUAAAAAGCAAAAACCAGCAAAGAAAGAUGAGUCCAUCAUUGUUACCCAGGAAGUAAUAGAAAAAACAGCUGAUGAAGCCAAAAUUAUGGAGGAGCAACAGAUAAUAGAGAUCACUGAAACACCAUCGAAAAAAGUAAUAAAAAAGAAAAAGAGCACGAUUACAGAAUCUGGAAUACCUGAAGAACGAAUUGAAGAAAUCGUUAUGCAAAAACCUAUCACUGCAAAAGCAUUGGAGGAAAUUGUGUCAAAGGAAGGUAUACAAAUAAUAGAAAUAAUAACAGGAUCUUAUAUAGAAGAGCUACCACAGGAAGAAACAAUUUCCCCAGAGGAAGCAACACAAACUGAGCUUAAGGAAGAAAAAGUCAAGGUAACCGAUAUUACUAUUAAAAGAGCACCAAAGAAAAAGAAGAAAGCAGAUGAUAUACAAGAACAAAUAGUAGAGGAACGGGUUGAAGAAAUAGUUUCGAAAAAACCAGAAAAGGAAAAAAUUUCUCCUACCAUUACAACAGAAGACAGCAUACAAGUAACCGAAACAAUAUCAGAAGAUACGACCCAACAAAUUCCAGAAUUAAAAGUUAAGAAAGAUGUUGCAAAAACAGAAGAAAUUAUUGAAGAAAAAAUUAAAGUGGAUAAGAUUUUAGUAAUGAAGGUUCCAAAGGAAACGCAAGAAGAUGUAUUAGAAAUUAGUGAAGUUCCACUCCAAAUAGAAAAAUCAAAGGAAGAGCAGGUUUCUGUUAUUGAAGAAGGAGAAGCAAAAGAAAUUGCAAAGACUACAAAGGUUUCUACUGAAACAGCACCCAAGAAAUCGAAAGUUAAAGAAGUCAAAGAACAACCGGAGAAGGCAAUAGAAGACAUUUCUUCUGAAAAAGUUGCCAAGAAAAAAGCUAAAAAAAUACUCCCUACUCCAUUAGAUGAAAAGAAAGCUGUGGAAAAAGAAGAGGAGAAACCGGAAGAAACAAUUCAAGAAAUAGAAUUGAAAAAAGCAAAACCAGAAAAAGCAACGCCUGAAGUUAUUCCUAUAGAAGGCAUUGAGAUAACAGAAAUAACGACAGAAAUAACUUCACAAGAAUUACCUGAAGAACAUGCGCAAACAGAUCAAGCUCAUCCAAUAUUGAAGAAAGAGGAAAAAGUUAAAGUAACAAAAACACAUGUUCAGAAGUUUCCCAAGAAGCAGAAGGAAGAACAACAAGAGGAUACUGUAGAAGAGCUUAAACUGGAUAAACGAAUCGAAGAAAAACCGAAGUCAACAAUCAUAAUGCAAGAAAGUAUACAAACGACAGAAGUGUUUCCGGAUACAAGGACAAGUGAAAUACCAACAGAGGAGAAACCAAAGAGAGAAAAAGGACUUCCGAUUGAAGAAAAACCAGAGGAAAGGCCUGAAGUAACAGAAGUUUCUGUAAAGGAGGCACCUAAAAAGAAAAUUUCACUACCCGAGAAAGAAGAAAAACCGGAUGUUAUUCCUAUAAAAGAAGAUCUCCCUAAAUCAGUCGAUAAACAAGUUAUAACAGUCCAACCAGAAAAACCAAAAGAAAUAGAGAAAGAAGAAGAAAAGAUUGUAAAGGAGGAAGUAAAGGAGAAAUCUGUUGCUAAAAAGAAGAAAAAGAAAAUUCCUAAGAAAGAUGAAAUAGAAGAGUGGGUAGAACCAGAAUAUGAAAGACCUGUAUUAGAACCCAUGCCAGAAAAGAUACAAUGGGAACCGACGAAGAAGAAGAAAGAGAAAAAACCGCUACCUCCAGAGCUUCAAAAAUUAGUACCACAAAAAAUAGAAAGAAAGGAAAUAAAACCAACAAAAUUGAAAUACAUGGAGCCACAAGAUGUCGUACAAUUCGGCUCAAUAAAAUUGAAAAAAGUAGCAGUGCCAAAGAAAAAGGAUAGUACAGUAGCAAAAAUUCCAAAAGUUUUAUUACGCAGUUGGAUCACAUUUAUUGGUGACUAUCCACCAGAAUUGCAAAAACCAAAGCUUACGCUUCUUGAGGAAAAUCCUGUUCAAGUUGGUAUUCUAUCGAGAAAUACAGAAGAAGCAUUAAAGAUAUUAAAGAUAAAAUAUAAAAAACCGAAAUUACCAGAAAAAGAAAUUACGGAAUUAGAAAAACUGGAUAAGGAAUUUGAGAAAUUAAAGGAGAUUCCUUUAGAGGAAAUAGAAGAUAAGUCAGUAUAUGAACGUAAGCCUAAGAAAAAGACGGAGGAACCAGAGAAACCACAAAAAUUGGUUAUACAAAAAGGUAAGGUUCCUGCACAGGAAGAACCACAACCAGAAGAGAUUAAAUUAAAGAAAAUACCCGUUAAAGAAAUAGAAGAAAUCGAAGAGACUCCAAAGAAACCAGUAAAAGAAGAUACAGAGACAAAAGAACCUAAAGAAAAGAAACGAAAGCCUAAAAUGAAACUUGAGCCCGAAGAAUUUAAACCUACUGAAUUUGACAGGCCAGAGCUCGAAAAGUAUGUACCUGAAGAAGUUGAAAAACCGGAAGAACCUCAACCAGAACCUACACCAAAGCCUUAUGUUAAAGAGGAACGAAAGAAACCUGAUCAAGAAAUCGAACAAAUCCCAUUAAUCCCAGGAAAACCGAAAUCUCCAGAGCCAGAAGAAGAACCGGAAGUAAAGUUCCGAAUACCACAAAAAGAAAAACCAGAAGAAAAACCAGAAACUAUAAAAUUAAAAGGUUGGAAGAAAGAAAAGCCAGAAGAUGAAGGUACAGAGCAAUUCCCCAGUAAAGAAAAGGAAAUUGGCCCUAAACUUCCUGAGGACGAAACAGAAGAGAUUAUUGUAAAGCCUAAAGCCAAGCUAAAGAAACCUAAAAAGAAGCCCGCAGAAGAAGAUUUACAGGAAGAAGUAACGAUUAAAAAACCUGUUGUUGUCGAAGAGGAAAAAGAAGAGAUAACAGAGGAAGUUACAUUGAAGAAGAAACCAAAAGAAAAGCCGGCUCUGGAAGAAAUGGCUGAAGAAAUAGUUUUGAAAAAACCUAAAGAAGAAGAAAAAACUCCAGAAGUAAUAUCUGAAGAGGUAGCAAUAAAGAAAAAACCAAAGAAGAAACCUGUAACUGAAGAAGCUGCGGAUGAGGUCAUAAUCAAAAAACCUAUUGUUGUGGAAGAGGAAAAGGAAGAAGUCGUAGAGGAAAUUAAGUUAAAGAAGAAACCAAAGAAAGAGCCUGUGCCUGAAGAAGUAACUGAGGAAGUUGUCUUGAAAAAACCAGAACCUAAAAAAGAAGAAAAGGCUCCUGAAGAGGUAACUGAAGAAGUGGCCAUAAAGAAAAAACCAAAGAAGAAACCUGUGACUGAAGAAGCUGCUGAUGAGGUCAUAAUCAAGAAACCUGUUGUUGUGGAAGAGGAAAAGGAAGAAGUCGUAGAGGAAAUUAAGUUAAAGAAGAAACCAAAGAAAGAGCCUGUGCCUGAAGAAGUAACUGAGGAAGUUGUCUUGAAAAAACCAGAACCUAAAAAAGAAGAAAAGGCUCCUGAAGAGGUAACUGAGGAAGUGGCCAUAAAGAAAAAACCAAAGAAGAAACCUGUAACUGAAGAAGCUGCUGAUGAGGUCAUAAUCAAGAAACCUGUUGUUGUGGAAGAGGAAAAGGAAGAAGUCGUAGAGGAAAUUAAGUUAAAGAAGAAACCAAAGAAAGAGCCUGUGCCUGAAGAAGUAACUGAGGAAGUUGUCUUGAAAAAACCAGAACCUAAAAAAGAAGAAAAGGCUCCUGAAGAGGUAACUGAAGAAGUGGCCAUAAAGAAAAAACCAAAGAAGAAACCAGUAACUGAAGAAGCAGCGGAUGAGGUUACAAUCAAAAAGCCUGUUGUUGUGGAAGAGGAAAAGGAAGAAGUGGUAGAAGAAAUUACAUUAAAGAAAAAACCAAAGAAAGAGCCUGUGCCUGAAGAAGUAACUGAAGAAGUUGUCUUGAAAAAACUAGAACCUAAAAAAGAAGAAAAGGGUCCUGAAGAGGUAACCGAAGAAGUGGCCAUAAAGAAAAAACCAAAGAAGAAACCAGUAACUGAAGAAGCGGCGGAUGAGGUUACAAUCAAGAAGCCUGUUGUUGUGGAAGAGGAAAAGGAAGAAGUAGUAGAAGAAAUUACGUUAAAGAAGAAACCAAAGAAGGAACCUGUGCCUGAAGAAGUAACUGAGGAAGUUGUCUUGAAAAAACCAGAACCUAAAAAAGAAGAAAAGGCUCCUGAAGAGGUAACUGAAGAAGUGGCCAUAAAGAAAAAACCAAAGAAGAAACCAGUAACUGAAGAAGCGGCGGAUGAGGUUACAAUCAAGAAGCCUGUUGUUGUGGAAGAAGAAAAGGAAGAAGUAGUAGAAGAAAUUACGUUAAAGAAGAAACCAAAGAAGGAGCCUGUGCCUGAAGAAGUAACUGAUGAAGUUGUCUUGAAAAAACCAGAACCUAAAAAAGAAGAAAAGGUUCCGGAAGAGGUAACCGAAGAAGUGGCCAUAAAGAAAAAACCAAAGAAGAAACCAGUAACUGAAGAAGCAGCGGAUGAGGUUACAAUCAAGAAGCCUGUUGUUGUGGAAGAGGAAAAGGAAGAAGUAGUAGAAGAAAUUACGUUAAAGAAGAAACCAAAGAAGGAACCUGUGCCUGAAGAAGUAACUGAGGAAGUUGUCUUGAAAAAACCAGAACCUAAAAAAGAAGAAAAGGCUCCUGAAGAGGUAACCGAAGAAGUGGCCAUAAAGAAAAAACCAAAGAAGAAACCAGUAACUGAAGAAGCAGCGGAUGAGGUUACAAUCAAGAAGCCUGUUGUUGUGGAAGAGGAAAAGGAAGAAGUAGUAGAAGAAAUUACGUUAAAGAAGAAACCAAAGAAGGAGCCUGUGCCUGAAGAAGUAACUGAUGAAGUUGUCUUGAAAAAACCAGAACCUAAAAAAGAAGAAAAGGUUCCUGAAGAGGUAACCGAAGAAGUGGCCAUAAAGAAAAAACCAAAGAAGAAACCAGUAACUGAAGAAGCAGCGGAUGAGAUUACAAUCAAGAAGCCUAUUGUUGUAGAAAAAGAAAAAGAUGAUGAAACUGUAGAGGAGAUUACUUUGAAGAGAAAACCAAAGAAAAAAUUGCCUGUAAGCGAAGAUGUUGAAGAAACUGAGGUUAUUAUAAAGAAAGUUGAGAAACCAAUAGAAAAGGAUGAAGUACGUACUGAUAUAACGUUAAAGAAAAAGAAAGAAGUUAAACCUAAAGUAGAAGAAGUUGGAGCAGAUGAAUUAACGAUCCAACGAACGGAAGAAAUCGAAGUACCAGAGGAAGAAGAAUUGAUCGGAGAAUUCACGUUCAAACGUAAACCGCCGAAACAAGCACCUAAACCAAUUGAAGAAUUGUAUGAAGAUGUUACAUUACGUAAAUUACGUCCAAAAAGGAAACCGAGAACCGACAUUAAAGAAGUUACUGAAAUAGAAAAUGUGACAUUCAGACCACGUCGAACGAAAACUAAAGAAGAUGUUGAGCAAGAGUUUAAAAUCUCAUUGAACACGUAUGAAGAAGAAGAUAUUUCGAUGUCCGGUAAAGUUCGCCUAAAACCGAAAAAACGUGAAAUGACAUAUUCAGAAGAAACUGGAGAAGAAACAAUACGACUUAUUCAAGAAGUUGAAGAUGACUCUGGUCCUAUCAUAGAAGAAAUCAUUGAUGAAUCUGAUGAAGAAGAUAGAGAACAAUAUAGUAUCGAAGAACUUGAAACCGAUGAACUGAAACUUCCUUUGAGGAGGAAAGUAAAGAAACAACCUCGUCCAUACUCUGUAGAAGAAUUCGAAGAAGCGGAUGUUAAAAUGAAAUUGAAACGUGAACGAAAAUAUUCUUAUGAGGAAACAGAUGAAACCUUGGCUUUGAAAUUAAAAGCUAAAAGACGACCAUCUACUUACGAAGAAGAAGAAGCAACACUUAGCAUCACCAGAGAAGAAGAUAUUUUCGAAGAAGAAGUGGAAUAUGUUGUUCGUGAUGGCGAUACGAUGUACUCAAUUUGUUCAUACGUAGCUGAAACAGAUGAAGCAAUUAAUCUUGUUGAGGGUGAAAAAGUAUAUAUAAUCGAUCAUACAAAUCAAGACUGGUGGUUCGUAAAGAAAAACUUAACGGAAGAAAAAGGAUGGGUGCCAGCGCAAUAUCUGUUAGAUGAAGUACAUUAUACGUUAUAUUUACAACGUAAAUUACAUGAAAAGAUCGACAAAUUGCCUGUAUUUGAAAAACCAGCACCGGGAGAGAAGGCAUCUGCUCCAAGAUUUAUUGAGAAAUUACAACCAAUUCAUACACCAGAUGGAUAUACAGUACAAUUCGAAUGUCAAGUAGAAGGUGUGCCAAGACCUCAAAUAACUUGGUUCCGUCAAACAGCCAUUAUUAAACCAUCGCCAGACUUCCAAAUUUAUUAUGAUGAUGAUAAUGUAGCAACUUUGAUUAUCAGAGAAGUGUUCCCUGAAGAUGCAGGUACCUUUACUUGCGUUGCCAAGAAUACUGCAGGAUUUGCAUCUAGCACAACGGAAUUAGUAGUAGAAGCUCCUUUAUCUGACCAUGGAUCAGAUUUAACUGGACCAUCCAGAAAAAGUUUGUCAAGAGAAUCUUCUCUGGUUGACAUUCUCGAAGGAAUUCCACCAACUUUCUCUCGAAAACCUAAAGCAAAAUAUGUUGAUGAAGGUGAUGAUGUGAUACUUGAAAGUCGUCUGGUAGCCGUACCAGAACCUGAAAUCAUAUGGUAUUAUAAGGACACACAACUUACUACCAAGGAAAAUAUCAUCAUUGCAAGCGAAAGUGAUAUGCACAUGUAUUGUAGUGUAGUUAAAAUUUCCAAAGUUCAGAAGAAACAGGAAGGAAAUUAUAAAAUCGUUGCUAAGAAUAGAGAGGGUGAAGCUACCAUCGAAAUACCUUUAAAAGUGAAAACUAGCAAUCAGGAACCACCAGAAAUAUUAGAACCAUUACAAUCGUAUGUUGUACGAGAAGGAGAAACUGUUAUGUUAUCUACUCAAAUUGUUGGUAAUCCAGCACCAAAAGUAGUAUGGUAUAAAAAUGGAAAGCCACUUAAAGAUCUAACACCACAGCAAGAUGGUCAUAUAAAUACAUUGACUAUAAUCCAGCCACAAUUAGAAGAUACGGGAGAAUAUUCUGUUGUAGCUACUAAUAAUUUUGGCAAAGCUGAGACUCAAUCAACAUUGGUGGUUGAAAAAAUACCAAGUGGUGCUCCUGAGCCACCAUUAUUCACUGAAAGAUUCCAAGAACUUACAGUACCUGAAAAGGGUACGUUCAAACUCGUUGCAAAAGUUACUGGAAAUCCUAUUCCAGAAAUAACUUGGUUAAGAAAUAAUGAGCCAUUAGAAAAAUCACCAAACAUAAUAAGAAGCUACGACGGAGAAAACAUUGUUCUUGAGAUUAGAAAUGCUGACUCAGAGACAGAUGCUGGUGAUUAUAAAUGUGUUGCUAGUAAUUCGAUUGGAAAGGCUUCACAUGGAGCUAAAGUUACGGUGGACGUCGAUAAAGUCACAUUUACAAAGAAAUUAAAAGAAAAAGUCACUGUUGACGAAUAUAAAAUGUUGGAACUUAUAUGUGAAACCUCUCAUACAGUAUCCACUACGUGGUGGCAUAAUGAAAAAGAAAUCAGUGGUAUGGAUCAUCGUGAAAUUAUUCAGGAAGGGCGAGUACAUAAGUUAGUCAUCAAAAAGACAAAUGCAAUAGAUGAAGGUACAUACAAGUGUACUGUCAAAAAUCAGACAACGUCUAGCACUGUUACUGUGAAACCUGCUAAACCUGAAUUUACAAGAAAGUUACAAGACUUCGAGGUCAAGGAACGUGAAAUAGCAAUAUUAGAAGUUGAAAUAACAUCUGAGACUGUAGAUGUUGAAUGGUAUAAAGAUGGAGUACCACUGAAACCAAGUACCAAUGAAAAAUUAGAAUUUGUAAAAGAAGGCACCAUAAGAAAAUUACUUAUCAGAAGUACAUCAGUGCAUGAUGAAGGAGAAUAUACAUGUACAUUGCUUAAUCAACAAUGUACAGCUGAAGUUACUGUUGUUGAAUUACCACCAGAAAUCAUUACUAAGAUGCACGAUGUGACAAUAGCUAGAGGAGAGAAAGCAAUUUUCGACAUCGAAUUAACCAAAGGUGAUGCAUUAGUGCGUUGGUUUAAGGAUAAUCAGGAAUUACAGUUUUCUGAACAUGUGCAACUUUCUAUCGAUGGCAAGAGGCAAAAAUUGAAGAUUUACGAUUCAGAACCUGAAGAUGCAGGUGUCUACUCUUGUCAAGUUGGAGAACAAACAUCUUCAGCUAAAUUAACUGUUGAAGAACCUGGUGUAGAUUUUAUUGCCAAAUUACCAGAUGUUACAUUGGUACCAGUGAAUGAAGACGCUUCCUUCUUAAUCGAAAUAUCUCAAUCAAAUAUUCCAGUCACAUGGUUAAGAAAAGGAGAAAUCAUUAGAGAAUCAGAAAAAUAUAUUAUUAUUGAUGAGGGUAAUAUAAAGAAACUCAUUGUGAAGAAAUGUACAACAGAAGAUAUUGCAGAAUAUACAGCUGUUGUAACGAAUGUAAAAACAUCAUCAAGAUUAAAAGUUGAAGUCAUAGAAACACCUCCGAAAAUUAACCCAGAUACUCAGACAAAAUACACAGUGAACAAAGAUGAUGACAUCGAAAUUAUCGUCAAAUUCACAGCAACACCAAUGCCAACAGAUGAAUGGACUGUUGAUGGUCGCAUUGUUACAAAAUCUAAGAGAAUCACUCCUUCGAUAGAUGAGGAAUCUGCUGUCUUAACUAUUACAAAAGUGCAGGAAGAAGACAUUGGUGAUUACAACUUGAGACUCUUCAAUCCACAUGGUGAUGCUUCUAUAGUAAUAACUGUUGCAAUUGCACAACCACCUAGCAAGCCAGGUACUCCAGAGCCUUUAGAAUUAACAAAUGAAAGCAUUACAUUGCAUUGGAAAAAGCCAGAAUCAGAUGGAAACUUGCCAAUCACAGAAUACAUAUUAGAAUACCACGAAAAGACUGAAACUUCAUGGACCAAAGUCACAGAAAAAAUCAUUGAAACGAGUCAUACGGUAACAAAAUUAACAACUAAUAAAGAAUAUACUUUCCGUGUAACAGCUGUUAAUAAAGUAGGCCUUAGUGAACCAUCUUCAGAAACACAAUAUAUAAAAAUUUCAAAGCCAUCAAGAUUAGAGCCACCGAUUAUAUUGGAGCCACUAAAAAGUAUAAAUGUAGGUUUAAAAGAAACUGUAACACUUUCUUGUAUCAUUGGAGGAUCACCAACACCAGAAAUCACAUGGUUCAAGAAUAAUCAACUAUUUGCUGAUACUAAUAUAACUUAUGAAAAUCGUGUAGCAAAAUAUAUAAUCUUGGAAACAACAGAGACAUCUUCAGCAACAUUCACUGUAAAAGCAGAAAAUGAAGCUGGUACAGCAGAAACCACAUGUCAAUUGAAAAUACAAGAGUCACCAAAAUUGAUCGUUGAUGAAACAUUGAUAAAUCAGAAAUUACCUGUAAGUUCUGAAUGGAAAAUUGAUGUUGAAACCAGUGGUUUCCCCACACCGGAUAUAACAUGGUCGAAGAAUAGUCAAAAGAUAAUCGAUAAGCGAGUAUCAACUCAUACUGUAGAGAAAAUUUCAACUAUUUCUAUCAGCUCUAUCAUGAGAGAAGAUACUGGUACUUACACAGCAGAAGCAACUAAUGAAGCUGGUAGUUCUUCUAUAGAUAUUCAGCUCAAGGUUAUAGAUAAACCAGAUAAACCUCAAGGGCCAAUAAUAACAAAAGAAAUCAGGCAAGAUCGUAUUACAAUUGAAUGGAAAGCACCAAUUGAUGAUGGUGGUAUUGAAAUAGAAAAAUAUACUAUUGAGAAAUGUGAAACAGCUAAGAUGAAUUGGAUAAAAGUAGCUGAUGUUGAUAAAGACAUAGAAAGUUUCUGUGUACAAAAAUUACAAUUAGAAGUAGAAUACAUGUUCAGAGUAAUUGCAAAGAAUAUUGUAGGCGCAUCGGAACCAUUGGAAUCUGAGCCAGUAAAGACAAGAAUGUCUUAUGGUCCACCUGGACCACCGAGAGGGCCUUUAGAGACUUCUGGCAUGACCAAAACAUCUUUCACAAUAAAAUGGCAAGUUCCAGAAAAUGAUGGUGGCUCGCCAAUUACAGAUUAUAUCAUUGAAAUAACAGAGUCAACAAAGAAAGCAUGGCAGAAGGUGGGCAACACGAAGGCUGAUGUAACAAACAUAAAUGUAUCAAACCUAAAAACCGAUAUGUCAUACGAUUUUAGAAUAACAGCAAAAAAUAAAAUUGGAAUGGGUGAACCAUAUAUUUCAGAGGAACCAAUUAUAGCUGGAAAGCGAGCAAAAAUAACAAAGCUUACAGAUAGCAGCUUAUAUGCUUUACUAGGCAUAUUUCCACCAUCAAAAAUUGUUAUAAGUAAAACUCCACCAUCUAGUCCGCUCAAUGUUCGAGUAAUAAACUUUACAAGUAAGAGUGUAACACUUACAUGGUUUCCGCCAGCUAAUAAUGGAGGAACUGAACUUACAGGCUACAUUAUCGAAAAACGACCAUUAAUUGGCAAAGGUGCACGAUGGAUAAAGGUCGUUACUUUAGAUGCUACAACUCACCAAUAUUGCAUUGAAAAUUUGAAGGAAAGUGAAUUUUUAUUUAGAGUAUUUGCUGAAAAUUGUAUGGGUCUCAGUAUACCUACGAAUUCAGAGCCAGUUACUCUUAAGACACACGCUACUGUACCAUCAGCACCUACCGCCCCAUUAGAAAUCAGACAAAUAGCUGCAAAUACAGUGGUUAUAGAAUGGGGUAGACCAGAAUCUGACGGUGGUGCACCUUUAGAAGGGUAUAGAAUUGUUAUGAGGGAUGCUAAAAAGACUAUGUGGAUUGAGGUAGGACGAGUCAAGGCUGAUAUACAAAAGAUAAAUAUAAAAGACCUUCAAGAAAAUCACGAGUAUCUUGUGAGAAUCUAUGCUAGAAACGAGGUUGGUCUAAGUGAACCAUUGGAAUCAGAUGAACCUUUCAAGAUACUACCAACUUCAGAAUUAUCAGUGGUGGAGCCUAUUGCAGAAGUCACAGACAAAGGUGAAACUGCGUCUGUGAGUUUUAGCACGGAAAAUACAAGUUCCUGGCUCCGAGAGCAUAACAUGGAUGCUGAUAUUCAUUCUUACGCGAGAGGAAGACUUCUUAGAAGAGAUGAAUACUUUUUCCGCAUUUGGCAUUAUGCUAAGAAACUAUUCGAAUAAGCAUUUCUACAAUUUCUAAACGGUUAUCCUAUUAUUUCUACGAGAAUUUAUCGCUUAUCAAGACCGCAUCUGAUGCUUAUUUUCUCAUCAAAUGCAAGGAAGAAAAAAAAGAAAAAAAGAAAAAAAGAAAAAAAAAAAAAAAAAAAGAGAGAAAAAACCUAAUAUGUCAAGGUUAGAAAGGAGAGGGGAUAUAUCUUUUUUUGAUCAUAGAAAUGAAUGAAAAGAAAGAGAUAAAAACGAAGGAGAAUCUAUGGGCUUUCUUAAAAGCUAACCAACAAUGUCACUUAUAGAUCUUCCAUAAAAGCAUGAUAGGUUAACUUUCUUUUCUUUGUUGUUUUGUGAAUUAAAACAGGAGACUGGACGAAUGUAGAAACUAGUCAGAAUAUAGGGAUUACAUCGUUAUUUUCUAACGAAGUAAGAUUUUUCGAAAGAAAUGCAAUUAUCAGAAUUUUGUAAAUAAUCUUUUUCCGAAAGAUCGUCAGGUUGAACGAAAAAUAGUCACAUUCACGAGUCUGACAAGAAAGGAGAAAACGUUUAUCAAAAUGAGAAAAAAAGAAAAAGAACGACGAAAUAAUAUUUUAAAAGGAGAAUGACUAGGCGAUUAGACGAUAGCAUGGAAUUAACCUUUAAAAAGAACUCCUCUUAUAGAAAGAUGUGAUACGAAUGAUACGAUAGUUGAACGGUUGAAUAUCGAACUAUCCUUUUUCCCUUUUUCCUUACCUUUCCUACCCACUCCUCCCUCUAUGUCUCCGGCCAAGAAUGUUGCAAGCGGUAGGCAAUGUUCACUCACUUAUUUAAAGUUUUUGGGAGGAUUACUUUAAGUAUUUAUUAUUAAUCUAUAAUCUAUAUUUAUAAUAUUAUUUGUUAUCAUUGCCGAUAGGUUUAUUAAAUAAUUAUUGAUUAUCGUCGAUUAUCGAAUCGACAUUUUAAAGGACUGAUCGUAACAGUCGAAUUAAACGAGAGAAAUGUCAUGCCUCGUUGGUAUUAUCGUGAGACGUAAUAAAUAUAGGUGCAAAACAAUAUCACUGAUAUACCAGCGACGUGUCGCAUUGCUCGUAAUUACAUUGUAAAAUAUUUUACGAAUUAAAUUAUGACAAAUUAUAAAUAUA